AUGUCUAUGGGUAACACCACACUAUUAUAUAAUAUAUCUAUGGGUAACACCACACUAUUAUAUCAUAUGUUUAUGGGUAACACCACACUAUUAUAUAAUAUAUCUAUGGGUAACACCACAUAAUUACACUAUUAUACCAUAUAUCUAUGGGUAACACCACACUAUUAUAUCAUGUCUAUGGGUAACACCACACUAUUAUAUAAUAUAUCUAUGGGUAACACCACACUAUUAUAUCAUAUAUCUAUGGGUAACACCACAUAAUUACACUAUUAUACCAUAUGUCUAUGGGUAACACCACACUAUUAUAUAAUAUAUCUAUGGGUAACACCACACUAUUAUAUAAUAUAUCUAUGGGUAACACCACACUAUUAUAUCAUAUAUCUAUGGGUAACACCACACUAUUAUAUCAUAUAUCUAUGGGUAACACCACAUAAUUAUAUCAUAUAUCUAUGGGUAACACCACACUAUUAUAUAAUAUAUCUAUGGGUAACACCACACUAUUAUAUCAUAUAUCUUGGGUACACCCACCUAUAUAUAAUAUAUCUAUGGGUAACACCACACUAUAUAUAAUAUAUCUAUGGGUAACACCACACUAUUAUAUAAUAUAUCUAUGGGUAACACCACACUAUUAUAUAAUAUAUCUAUGGGUAACACCACACUAUUAUAUAAUAUAUCUAUGGGUAACACCACACUAUUAUAUAAUAUAUCUAUGGGUAACACCACACUAUUAUAUAAUAUAUCUAUGGGUAACACCACAAUAUAUCAUUGUUAUGGGUAACAACCAAACUCUUAUAUCAUAUAUCUAGGGUAACACACACUAUUAUAUCAUGUCUAUGGUACACCACAUAUUAUUAAUAUAUCUAUGGUAACCCACCACACUAUUAUACCAUAUAUCUAUGGGUAACACCACACUAUUAUAUAAUAUAUCUAUGGGUAACACCACACUAUUAUAUCAUAUAUCUAUGGGUAACACCACACUAUUAUAUAAUAUAUCUAUGGGUAACACCACAUAAUUACACUAUUAUAUCAUGUCUAUGGGUAACACCACACUAUUAUAUAAUAUCUAUGGGUAACACCACAUAAUACACUAUUAAUACCAUAUAUCUAUGGGUAACACCACACUAAUUACAUAUAUAAUAUAUCUAUGGGUAACACCACACUAUUAUAUCAUAUAUCUAUGGGUAACACCACACUAUUAUAUAAUAUAUCUAUGGGUAACACCACAUAAUUACACUAUUAUAUCAUGUCUAUGGGUAACACCACAACACUAUUAUAUCAUGUCUAUGGGUAACACCACAUAAUUACACUAUUAUAUCAUGUCUAUGGGUAACACCAACAUUAAAUAAUAUGGAACACUAUUAUAUAAUAUAUCUAUGGGUAACACACAAACACAUUAUAUCAUAUCUCUAUGGUUAACACCACACUAUUAUAUCAAUGUCGAUGGGUAACACCACAUAAUUACACUAUUAUACAUGUCUAUUGGAACACCACACUAUUAUAUAAUAUAAUCUAUGGGUAACACCACACUAUUUAUCAUAUAUCUAUUGGUAACACCACCUAUAUAUCAUGUCUAUGGGGUACCACCACAUAAACACUAUUAAUUCAUGUUCAUGGGUUAACACCACCUAUUAUAUCAUGUCUAUGGUAACACCACACUAUAUAUCAUAUAUCAUGGGUAACCACCACAUAAUACAGCUAUUAUAUCAUUCUUAUGGGUCACACCACAUAAUUACACUAUAUAUCAUGUCUAUGGGUACCACAAUAAUUACACUAUUAUAUAAUGUCUAUGGGUAACACCACAUAAUUACACUAUUAUAUCAUGUCUAUGGGUAACACCACAUAAUUACACUAUUAUAUCAUGUCUAUGGGUAUCACCAACUCAUAAGUUGACUGUCAGGUUGUAUGCUGUUAACGUUUGACGCCCAGUGAUGGAAAUGAACACUAUUAAAACUGUGAACACUAUGAACACUAUUAACACUAUUAACACUAUUAACACUAUUAACACUAUUAAAACUAUGUACACUAUGAACACUAUUCUAGUUCUUCUUUCUAUCUCUCCCUCCUCCUUCUCCUCUCCUCUCCCUCCUCCUCUCCUCCACCACCACCUCCUCCCCCUCCUCCUCCUCCUCCCCCUCCACCUCCUCUCCCCCUCCUCCUCCCCCUCCACCUCCUCUCCCCCUCCUCCUCAUCUGACUGUAGGUGUUGCCAGACUCUUUGCUUAUUACUCAGAAACCCUCCAUCUGAUAAAAGUCAUGAAUGAAACAGUAAGUAUUGUUGCUUUGCAUCUCUGAGGUCUAUAUUAUUUCCAUUGGCUCAUUCAUCCCUCCUCCUCCUCUCUCCUGGAACUAUUCCCCAGGUCCUUGCUGGAAAUCACAAUGUGUUCUCAGUCAGCUUACCUAAAAUAAUGGUUAAGUGAAAAAGAUAUAUAUAUUUAAUGACCAUUUUGAUUCAGUUUUGUUUUUAUCCCAAUAUGUUAUUGUUAGGAAUUCCGUUAGUCAGUUUUCCAAUAUAACAUCCCACCAUUAGGGGGCAGCAUUUAGAAGCCAGGUACUUUGAGCACCAGCAAGGCUAGUUAAGUGAGUGAUUGCUCACAGUCGUGAGUGAGGUUAGUGCUAUCCGGAAUCCUUGGACUAGCGCUGUGGAAGUCAUUACAUUUUGUCAGCCGGUAACUGUCAUGCAAAUAACUGCCGGUCUUACGGUAAUUUACUGUUAAUUAACAUAAACACAUUGAGGUGCACCUUUUCAGAAAAGCCUAAUAAAUCCAUGUAAUAUACACAUUUUUUUACAUUUUAGUCAUUUUAGCAGACGCUCUUAUCCAGAGCGACUUACAGUUAGUGAAUACAUAUUUUUAUUUAUUUUUAUACUGGCCCCCCGUGGGAAUCGAACCCACAACCCUGGCGUUGCAAACACCAUGCUCUAUCAACUGAGCUACAUCCCUGCCGGCCAUUCCCUCCCCUACCCUGGACGACGCUGGGCCAAUUGUGCGCCGCCCAUGAGUCUCCCGGUCGCGGCCGGCUGCGACAGAGCCUGGAUUCGAACCAGGAUCUCUAGUGGCACAGUUUGCACUGCGAUGCAGUGCCUUAGACCACUGCGCCACUCGGGAGUACACACUACACCAUCACACUACACCAUCACAAUACAUCCAUAAUUUAUUUUAGACAGGUCUAAGGAAACAUUAUGAUAUGAAGAAAAUGUAUUUCAGAAGAACAGAAUAGCAUUUUAAUGUUUUUCUGCCAUACGUAAUAUGCGGUAGGCUAUUGGACUAUUGUAAACAGCUCAUGAAUAGGCAUAGCCAUGAGCUCUAAUAUGCAUAUUGGUGUUCUACAUUCGACAUCUUCAAUCCUCUGAAUGAAUCAUCACCUUAGAAAGCGCUGUCCAUUUAGUUGGGUUUGCCUUUGGAACAACAUCCAAAGACCAUGUUUUCCUCUCAGUUUCAAUCUGCUGUUGAACUUCUUUCUUCAAAUUAAUCAAUCACAGUGAGGUCAAACAAUGUAGCCUAAUUUAAUUUUAAAAGUAUGACACUGUUUUGAUGAUAAGGGUUUGAUGCGAUUUUCGAUUGCAUUUGCAUUGAUGUCAGAGUGAUUAGAGGGACAAUAGAGUGCUGAGUACCAGGCCAUUAGGACCUGAUGGUUAGAGGGACAAUAGAGUGCUGAGUACCAGACCAUUAGGACCUGAUGGUUAGAGGGCCAAUAGAGCCCUGAGUACCAGGCCAUUAGGACCUGAUGGUUAGAGGGACAAUAGAGUGCUGAGUACCAGACCAUUAGGACCUGAUGGUUAGAGGGACAAUAGAGCCCUGAGUACCAGACCAUUAGCGACCUGAUGGUUAGAGGGACAAUAGAGCCCUGAGUACCAGGCCAUUAGGACCUGAUGGUUAGAGGGACAAUAGAGCCCUGAGUACCAGACCAUUAGGACCUGAUGGUUAGAGGGACAAUAGAGCCCUGAGUACCAGACCAUUAGGACCUGAUGGUUAGAGGGCCAAUAGAGCCCUGAGUACCAGACCAUUAGGACCUGAUGGUUAGAGGGACAAUAGAGCCCUGAGUACCAGGCCAUUAGGACCUGAUGGUUAGAGGGACAAUAGAGCCCUGAGUACCAGGCCAUUAGCGACCUGAUGGUUAGAGGGACAAUAGAGCCCUGAGUACCAGGCCAUUAGGACCUGAUGGUUAGAGGGACAAUAGAGCCCUGAGUACCAGGCCAUUAGCGACCUGAUGGUUAGAGGGACAAUAGAGCCCUGAGUACCAGACCAUUAGGACCUGAUGGUUAGAGGGACAAUAGAGCCCUGAGUACCAGGCCAUUAGCGACCUGAUGGUUAGAGGGACAAUAGAGCCCUGAGUACCAGGCCAUUAGGACCUGAUGGUUAGAGGGACAAUAGAGCCCUGAGUACCAGGCCAUUAGGACCUGAUGGUUAGAGGGACAAUAGAGCCCUGAGUACCAGGCCAUUAGGACCUGAUGGUUAGAGGGACAAUAGAGCCCUGAGUACCAGGUCAUUAGGACCUGAUGGUUAGAGGGACAAUAGAGCCCUGAGUACCAGGCCAUUAGGACCUGAUGGUUAGAGGGACAAUAGAGUGCUGAGUACCAGACCAUUAGGACCUGAUGGUUAGAGGGACAAUAGAGCCCUGAGUACCAGACCAUUAGGACCUGAUGGUUAGAGGGACAAUAGAGCCCUGAGUACCAGGCCAUUAGGACCUGAUGGUUAGAGGGACAAUAGAGCCCUGAGUACCAGGCCAUUAGGACCUGAUGGUUAGAGGAACAAUAGAGCCCUGAGUACCAGGCCAUUAGGACCUGAUGGUUAGAGGGACAAUAGAGCCCUGAGUACCAGGUCAUUAGGACCUGAUGGUUAGAGGGACAAUAGAGCCCUGAGUACCAGGCCAUUAGGACCUGAUGGUUAAAGGGACAAUAGAGCCCUGAGUACCAGGCCAUUAGGACCUGAUGGUUAGAGGGACGAUAGAGCCCUGAGUACCAGACCAUUAGGACCUGAUGGUUAGAGGGACAAUAGAGCCCUGAGUACCAGGCCAUUAGGACCUGAUGGUUAGAGGGACAAUAGAGUGCUGAGUACCAGGCCAUUAGGACCUGAUGGUUAGAGGGACAAUAGAGUGCUGAGUACCAGGCCAUUAGGACCUGAUGGUUAGAGGGACAAUAGAGCCCUGAGUACCAGGCCAUUAGGACCUGAUGGUUAGAGGGACAAUAGAGCCCUGAGUACCAGGCCAUUAGGACCUGAUGGUUAGAGGGACAAUAGAGCCCUGAGUACCAGGCCAUUAGGACCUGAUGGUUAGAGGGACAAUAGAGUGCUGAGUACCAGACCAUUAGGACCUGAUGGUUAGAGGGACAAUAGAGCCCUGAGUACCAGGCCAUUAGGACCUGAUGGUUAGAGGGACAAUAGAGCCCUGAGUACCAGACCAUUAGGACCUGAUGGUUAGAGGGACAAUAGAGCCCUGAGUACCAGGCCAUUAGGACCUGAUGGUUAGAGGGACAAUAGAGCCCUGAGUACCAGGCCAUUAGGACCUGAUGGUUAGAGGGACAAUAGAGCCCUGAGUACCAGGCCAUUAGGACCUGAUGGUUAGAGGGACAAUAGAGUGCUGAGUACCAGGCCAUUAGCGACCUGACUGUCAUUAGCAAGUUGGGUACUACCAAAGCAUCAGCGCCAUUCCAGUGUAGACCUCAUAGGAGGAGAUUACGGUGACUCAACGGUCAUGUGGAAUGUGACUGUGGUCAUGACUCAUGACUGCCGGUGGGCCGUAAUACAGUCACCACAACAGCCCUACUUGGGACGUCCCUACCCUAAAUCUCAACCCUUACCCUUACCUAACCAUUUUACAUUUAAACGGGGGUGGCUGGUAGCCUAGAGGUGAAGAGCGUUGGGACAGUAACUACAUUUAAACGGGGGUGGCUGGUAGCAUAGAGGUGAAGAGCGUUGGGACAGUAACUACAUUUAAACGGGGGUGGCUGGCAGCCUAGAGGUGAAGAGCGUUGGGACAGUAACUACAUUUAAACGGGGGUGGCUGGUAGCCUAGAGGUGAAGAGCGUUGGGACAGUAACUACAUUUAAACGGGGGUGGCAGCCUAGAGGUGAAGAGCGUUGGGACAGUAACUACAUUUAAACGGGGGUGGCUGGUAGCCUAGAGGUGAAGAGCGUUGGGACAGUAACUACAUUUAAACGGGGGUGGCAGCCUAGAGGUGAAGAGCGUUGGGACAGUAACUACAUUUAAACGGGGCUGGCAGCCUAGAGGUGAAGAGCGUUGGGACAGUAACUACAUUUAAACGGGGCUGGUAGCCUAGAGGUGAAGAGCGUUGGGACAGUAACUACAUUUAAACGGGGGUGGCUGGUAGCUAGAGGUGAAGAGCGUUGGGACAGUAACUACAUUUAAACGGGGGUGGCUGGUAGCCUAGAGGUGAAGAGCGUUGGGACAGUAACUACAUUUAAACGGGGGUGGCAGCCUAGAGGUGAAGAGCGUUGGGACAGUAACUACAUUUAAACGGGGGUGGCUGGUAGCCUAGAGGUGAAGAGCGUUGGGACAGUAACUACAUUUAAACGGGGGUGGCUGGCAGCCUAGAGGUGAAGAGCGUUGGGACAGUAACUACAUUUAAACGGGGGUGGCUGGUAGCCUAGAGGUGAAGAGCGUUGGGACAGUAACUACAUUUAAACGGGGGUGGCUGGUAGCCUAGAGGUGAAGAGCGUUGGGACAGUAACUACAUUUAAACGGGGGUGGCUGGUAGCCUAGAGGUGAAGAGCGUUGGGACAGUAACUACAUUUAAACGGGGGUGGCUGGUAGCCUAGAGGUGAAGAGCGUUGGGACAGUAACUACAUUUAAACGGGGGUGGCUGGUAGCCUAGAGGUGAAGAGCGUUGGGACAGUAACUACAUUUAAACGGGGGUGGCUGGUAGCCUAGAGGUGAAGAGCGUUGGGACAGUAACUACAUUUAAACGGGGGUGGCUGGUAGCCUAGAGGUGAAGAGCGUUGGGACAGUAACUACAUUUAAACGGGGGUGGCUGGUAGCAUAGAGGUGAAGAGCGUUGGGACAGUAACUACAUUUAAACGGGGGUGGUAGCCUAGAGGUGAAGAGCGUUGGGACAGUAACUACAUUUAAACGGGGGUGGCAGCCUAGAGGUGAAGAGCGUUGGGACAGUAACUACAUUUAAAACGGGGGUGGCUGGUAGCCUAGAGGUGAAGAGCGUUGGGACAGUAACUACAUUUAAACGGGGGUGGCUGGUAGCCUAGAGGUGAAGAGCGUUGGGACAGUAACUACAUUUAAACGGGGGGUGGUAGCCUAGAGGUGAAGAGCGUUGGGACAGUAACUACAUUUAAACGGGGGUGGCUGGUAGCCUAGAGGUGAAGAGCGUUGGGACAGUAACUACAUUUAAACGGGGGUGGCUGGUAGCCUAGAGGUGAAGAGCGUUGGGACAGUAACUACAUUUAAACGGGGGUGGCAGGUAGCCUAGAGGUGAAGAGCGUUGGGACAGUAACUACAUUUAAACGGGGGUGGCAGGUAGCAUAGAGGUGAAGAGCGUUGGGACAGUAACUACAUUUAAACGGGGGUGGUAGCCUAGAGGUGAAGAGCGUUGGGACAGUAACUACAUUUAAACGGGGGUGGCUGGUAGCAUAGAGGUGAAGAGCGUUGGGACAGUAACUACAUUUAAACGGGGGUGGCUGGUAGCAUAGAGGUGAAGAGCGUUGGGACAGUAACUACAUUUAAACGGGGGCUGGUAGCCUAGAGGUGAAGAGCGUUGGGACAGUAACUACAUUUAAACGGGGGUGGCUGGCAGCCUAGAGGUGAAGAGCGUUGGGACAGUAACUACAUUUAAACGGGGGGUGGCAGCCUAGAGGUGAAGAGCGUUGGGACAGUAACUACAUUUAAACGGGGGUGGCUGGUAGCCUAGAGGUGAAGAGCGUUGGGACAGUAACUACAUUUAAACGGGGGUGGCUGGUAGCCUAGAGGUGAAGAGCGUUGGGACAGUAACUACAUUUAAACGGGGGUGGCAGCCUAGAGGUGAAGAGCGUUGGGACAGUAACUACAUUUAAACGGGGGUGGUAGCCUAGAGGUGAAGAGCGUUGGGACAGUAACUACAUUUAAACGGGGGUGGCUGGCAGCCUAGAGGUGAAGAGCGUUGGGACAGUAACUACAUUUAAACGGGGGUGGCUGGCAGCCUAGAGGUGAAGAGCGUUGGGACAGUAACUACAUUUAAACGGGGGUGGCAGCCUAGAGGUGAAGAGCGUUGGGACAGUAACUACAUUUAAACGGGGGUGGCUGGCAGCCUAGAGGUGAAGAGCGUUGGGACAGUAACUACAUUUAAACGGGGGUGGCUGGUAGCCUAGAGGUGAAGAGCGUUGGGACAGUAACUACAUUUAAACGGGGGCUGGUAGCUAGAGGUGAAGAGCGUUGGGACAGUAACUACAUUUAAACGGGGGUGGCUGGUAGCCUAGAGGUGAAGAGCGUUGGGACAGUAACUACAUUUAAACGGGGGUGGCUGGUAGCCUAGAGGUGAAGAGCGUUGGGACAGUAACUACAUUUAAACGGGGGUGGCAGGUAGCCUAGAGGUGAAGAGCGUUGGGACAGUAACUACAUUUAAACGGGGGUGGCAGCCUAGAGGUGAAGAGCGUUGGGACAGUAACUACAUUUAAACGGGGGGUGGCUGGUAGCCUAGAGGUGAAGAGCGUUGGGACAGUAACUACAUUUAAACGGGGGUGGCUGGCAGCCUAGAGGUGAAGAGCGUUGGGACAGUAACUACAUUUAAACGGGGGUGGUGGUAGCCUAGAGGUGAAGAGCGUUGGGACAGUAACUACAUUUAAACGGGGCUGGCAGCCUAGAGGUGAAGAGCGUUGGGACAGUAACUACAUUUAAACGGGGGUGGUAGCCUAGAGGUGAAGAGCGUUGGGACAGUAACUACAUUUAAACGGGGGGUGGUAGCCUAGAGGUGAAGAGCGUUGGGACAGUAACUACAUUUAAACGGGGGUGGUAGCCUAGAGGUGAAGAGCGUUGGGACAGUAACUACAUUUAAACGGGGGUGGCAGCCUAGAGGUGAAGAGCGUUGGGACAGUAACUACAUUUAAACGGGGGUGGCUGGUAGCCUAGAGGUGAAGAGCGUUGGGACAGUAACUACAUUUAAACGGGGGUGGCUGGUAGCAUAGAGGUGAAGAGCGUUGGGACAGUAACUACAUUUAAACGGGGGUGGCUGGUAGCCUAGAGGUGAAGAGCGUUGGGACAGUAACUACAUUUAAACGGGGGUGGCUGGUAGCCUAGAGGUGAAGAGCGUUGGGACAGUAACUACAUUUAAACGGGGGUGGCUGGUAGCCUAGAGGUGAAGAGCGUUGGGACAGUAACUACAUUUAAACGGGGGUGGCUGGUAGCAUAGAGGUGAAGAGCGUUGGGACAGUAACUACAUUUAAACGGGGGUGGCUGGCAGCCUAGAGGUGAAGAGCGUUGGGACAGUAAACUACAUUUAAAAACGGGGGGUGGUAGCCUAGAGGUGAAGAGCGUUGGGACAGUAACUACUUUAACGGGGGUGGCGAGCCUAGAGGUGAAGAGCGUUGGGAACAAGUAACCUAACAUUUAAACGGGGGUGGCUGGUAGCCUAGAGGUGAAGAGCGUUGGGACAGUAACUACAUUUAAAAAACGGGGGUGGCUGGUAGCCUAGAGGUGACGAGCACGUUGGGACAGUAACUAAACUACAUUUAAAACUGGGGUGGGCUGUAGCAUAGAGGUGAAGAGCGUUUGGGACAGUAACUACAUUUAACGGGGGUGGCUGGUAGCCUAGAGGUGAAGACGUUGGACAGUAACUACAUUUAAACGGGGUGGCAGCCUAGAGGUGAAAGAGCGUUUGGACAGUAACUACAUUUAAACUUGGGGUGGCAGCCCUAGAGGUGAAGAGGCGUUGGGACAGUAAACUACUUUAAAUUAAACGGGGGUGGCUGGCCACCUAGAGGUGAAGAGCGUUGGGACAGUAACUACAUUUAAACGGGGUGGCUGGUAGCAUAGAGGUGAAGAGCGUUGGGACCGUAUACAUUAAACGGGGGUGGCUGGUUCUAGAGGUGAAGAGCGUUGGGACAGUAACUACAUUUUAAACGGGGGUGGCAGCCUAGAGGGUGACGAGCGUUGGGACAGUUACUACAUUUAAACGGGGUGGAAAGCAUAGAGGUGAAGAGCGUUGGGACAGUAACUACAUUUAAACGGGGCUGGUAGCCUAGAGGUGAAGAGCGUUGGGACAGGUAACUACAUUUUAAACGGGGGCUGGCAGCCUAGAGGUGAAGAGCGUUGGGACAGUAACUACAUUUAAACGGGGGCUGGUAGCCUAGAGGUGAGAGCGUUGGGACAGUAACUACAUUUAAACGGGGGGUGGGCUGGUAGCCUAGAGGUGAAGCGCGUUGGGACAUUAACUACAUUUAAACGGGGGUGGCCUGGUAGCCUAGAGGUGAAGAGCGUUGGGACAGUAACUACAUUUAAACGGGGGUGGCUGGUAAGCAUAGAGGUGAAGAGCGUUGGGACAGUAACUACAUUAAACGGGGGGCUGGUAGCAUAGAGGUGAAGAGCGUUGGGACAGUAACUACAUUUAAACGGGGGUGGUAGCUAGAGGUGAAGAGCGUUGGGACAGUAACUACAUUUAAACGGGGGUGGUAGCCUAGAGGUGAAGAGCGUUGGGACAGUAACUACAUUUAAACGGGGGUGGCUGGUAGCCUAGAGGUGAAGAGCGUUGGGACAGUAACUACAUUUAAACGGGGGUGGCUGGUAGCAUAGAGGUGAAGAGCGUUGGGACAGUAACUACAUUUAAACGGGGGUGGCAGGUAGCAUAGAGGUGAAGAGCGUUGGGACAGUAACUACAUUUAAACGGGGGUGGCUGGUAGCAUAGAGGUGGGACAGUAACCGAAACAUUGCUAGUUCGAACACCAGAGCUGAAAAAAAUCUGUCGAAGUGCCAUUGAGCAAGGCACUUAACCCUAAUUGCUCCUGUAAGCCACUCUGGAUAAGAGCGUCUGCUAAAUUACGUAAAUGUUAACUUCAAUGGGGUAGGGACGUCCCAAGGAUUCCGGAUAGCAAGGUUGGAGUGGUUUUAGGGUGAUUGCAGAGUCCUUGGUGGAAGGCCAUAGACAUGCUUGUCCAUAGUUUGGCUAGCUGGUUUCAUCUCAGUUAUCAUUAGAUUAUAUAUACAUGUAACUAUAUCUUAUCAUUAACCUUUGAUGUGACCAGGAUGACCUCAGCCAGAGAAGUGUCUGUGUGAAGUUUGAACUGUCCAGAGGAGGAGACUAUGGAGCUGCUACCAUCAGCUGUAAGGUCUAUUACACAACACAGAUCCAGGUCACAUCUCAUCACUGCAUAAUGCUGAACACGUCAUCCUGAAUAUUAAACUCACCUAAAUGUCAGUGGUUCACUUUAACAAUGAAUCAAUGUGUUGUCUGUCUGUGGUAUGAGCCUAAACAAUAUUGUUUCUAGUGGAGGUUAGCUACAAGUCAAGUGUCCUGGCACCUGGCUUCACAUCAGUUCAAAAGAUUGACGAGUGACGGAAGUGACCGCCUGGGAUCUGUGUGGGAGAGCCGGGCGGAUCAGCUCAAUCAGAUCGCCCAACUGAAAGGAGAGGAUUGCAAAACAAAAGGACCUUUUCAUCUGUUUAGUCCAGUCCUAAGUCUGCAUGCAUGUAGAAUAUUUCAUUCAAUCCUCAUAUUAUUUUCAUUUCUCCCACCAGGUCAUGGUUGUCAGUGUUUAGAGGUGUACAGCUUCCCUAAAGACUCCUGGCUGAAAGAGCUGUCCCAGCAUGCACCUGGAGUAGGAGAUACAUGGAAACUGUCUCCUGUCGCCAUGCUGAUGAAGAUCAAACCACCUAAACCUCCCACAGGUACUUCUCAUGACAUUCUGUCGUACCAAACUUUAACAGAUCACGGUUCCAGGUCAUUCAGCCAGCCAUGACACCCACCAUCUCAGAUUGUUCUGAAAUCCUUUCUGUUGUUAGAAACAGAUCAGAUUAGCAUUCCUGAAACAUUAUUUUGUUGAAAAAUAAUGAUCUCUGAGAAAUUAAGCUAAUUGAUUGCACCCAAAUUGGCCAUUUUAAUUUAUAGGAUUCAUGUAAUAUUCAAUAAAUAUAGUACCUAACAUCCGAUUUGGACCAAACCUUUUUUCUAACAAUGAGUAAGAUAUGAGGAAUCCAAGGAAAUUGUCAAAAGCCAUCCACAGACCCCCACACCCCACGCCAAUCCCACCCCAACAACGAAUAUAUAGUAUCAGUUCUCUAUGUAUGAAAAUGUAUGCACUCACUAACUGUAAGUCGCUCUGGAUAAGAGCGUCUGCUAAAUGACUAAAAUGUAAAUGUAUGUCUGACAAGUAGUAUGGAGCUGCUGCUUGGAGUAUUGUUUCUUCGUCCUAUAUAAUAUAUUGUCAGUGAAUUUUGUGUGUUUUCUUUUUUUGUGUGUGAAAAAUGUGUCAUUGUAAAUGUUAGAUUUAUGUCCCAUCCUACAUCUUAAAAUUACCAGGUUCUGACUUUUUAAAGACCCCCCCCCUCAAUAUUAAAGGGAUAAUUCACCCAAAUUACAAAAUGACAUAUUGGUUUCCAAGCAGUCUAUGGACAAGGUAUGAUGGCAACCCUUGCGUUGGUUUUGUUUACCUGGCCACUGUUUCAAAUGCUAACUUUUUAGCAUUUGUGGCACAAAUUCCAUGCAAGUCAACAGUACCUAUAUUAGCAUUUUCACACUUCAUAUUCAAAUAAUCGAAGUAAGAUAAUACAGUUACACAAUACAUUUUUUUAUACUUUAGGAUGAUUUGAACAUGAAGCGUGAAAAUGCUAUUAUAAGUACCAUUGACUUGCAUUGAAUUUGUGGCACAAAUGCUAAGAAGUUAGCAUUUGAAACUGUGUUAAGGUGGUGUUGAAGGAGUCAGGCGCAGGAGGGUAAAUCACAGAAUAACAGGCUUUAAUCCGCAAAAAUACAGGUUUACGCAGAAAUGCGUCAAACACACUCCAGGGCACAAAACAGGCACACUGGAAAAUACAAGGCACACGGGAAAAUACUCCCGUCGAACAAAAUACACGAGCUCCACCGAGCUUCACUAACCUUCACAAUAAACAAUCACCCACAAGGACAAGGGGGCAGAGGGAACACUUAUACACGGACUAAUGAGGGGAUUAGAACCAGGUGUGUGUGAUAACGAGACAAGACAAUUGUGAUGAUGAUUGGGGCGGCAGUGGUUAGUACUCCGGUGACGACGAACGCCGAAUCCUACCCGAACAAGGAGGGGAGGCAGCCUCGGCCGAAGUCGUGACAGAAACAGUGGCGAAAAACCCAAGCAUGGGUUGCUGUCAUACCUUGUCAAUAGACAACCAAUGUCAUUUUGCAAUUUGGGUGAACAAUCCCUUUAACAUUGAGGGGGGGGAUCUUUAAACUUUGUUGACCUAAUAGCAGGAACAGCACCAUCUAGUGGUCAGAACCGGUAUACUCAUUGUUGGGGUGGGAUUGGCGUGGGGUGUGGGGUCUGUGGGUGGCUUUUGACCAUUCCUUUGGAUUCCUCAUGUUGAACCCAUUGUUAGAAAAGGUUUGGUCCAAAUUGGAUGUUAGGCACUAUAUUUAUUGAAUAUUAUAUGAAUCUUAUCAAUUAAAAAGGCCAAUUUGGCUGCAAUCAAUUAGCUUAAUUUCUCAGAGAUCAAAUUAUAUUUCAACAAAAUAAUGUUGCAGGAAUGCUAAUCCUAUCUGUUUCUAACAACAGAAACGAUUUCAGAACAAUCUGAGAUUGUGGGUGUCGAAAUCCUAUUUUUUGUGCUUUUUGAGGUGGAAUGACCCGGUAACCAAAUGGAGUAGUUUUUAAAGAAUUUGUGUCAUGAAUAGUAUGUUCCUUUUAUUGGGCUGUAGUACUACGCUGCCUGAGCCUCACUGGAUGAAAAUAACAACCACACAAGCAAUUUGGUAUAGUCAUAUUCAUUGUCAUGAAAGGGACAUUGCAAAUGUUCAAUGUGCAAGAUGAGAAUAACAGGAAGACAUUGUAUCAACAUGAGAAUAACAGGAAGACAUUGUAUCAACAUGAGAAUAACAGGAAGACAUUGUAUCAACAUGAGAAUAACAGGAAGACAUUGUAUCAACAUGAGAAUAACAGGAAGACAUUGUAUCAACAUGAGAAUAACAGGAAGACAUUGUAUCAACAUGAGAAUAACAGGAAGACAUUGUAUCAACAUGAGAAUAACAGGAAGACAAUGUAUCAACAUGAGAAUAACAGGAAGACAUUGUAUCAACAUGAGAAUAACAGGAAGACAUUGUAUCAACAUGAGAAUAACAGGAAGACAUUGUAUCAACAUGAGAAUAACAGGAAGACAUUGUAUCAACAUGAGAAUAACAGGAAGACAUUGUAUCAACAUGAGAAUAACAGGAAGACAUUGUAUCAACAUGAGAAUAACAGGAAGACAUUGUAUCAACAUGAGAAUAACAGGAAGACAUUGUAUCAACAUGAGAAUAACAGGAAGACAUUGUAUCAACAUGAGAAUAACAGGAAUACAUUGUAUCAACAUGAGAAUAACAGGAAUACAUUGUAUCAACAUGAGAAUUAACAGGAAGACAUUGUAUCUGUCGUAUUUGACAGGAUCUACCAUGAAGAGUCCAUUUGAGGUGUUGCAGAAGACCGAGGACGGCAAUGUGAUUGGCUCAGGACAGAACCACCUGAUCAGCAGUCGCCAAUGGGAGGACCAGGACGCUGUGUUUAAGUCUGUAUACAGGAAGUACAUGGUUACUAACCCCAGCAACACUACAUACCCAGAAGACAGACCCAGGUAAACACUACAGUUGAAUGAGAGUGGUUAGUCUUAAUAUCCUCAGAUUGUAAUGAUGACAGAAAAUAAGACCUGAUAGGGCCCUGGGUCCUCAGUCUGAAUCAGACUUUACCCAGAUAGCUACUGAUGACCUGAUAGGGCUCUGGGUCCUCAGUCUGAAUCAGACUUUACCCAGACAGCUACUGAUGACCUGAUAGGGCCCUGGGUCCUCAGUCUGAAUCAGACUUUACCCAGACAGCUACUGAUGACCUGAUAGGGCUCUGGGUCCUCAGUCUGAAUCAGACUUUACCCAGACAGCUACUGAUGACCUGAUAGGGCUCUGGGUCCUCAGUCUGAAUCAGACUUUACCCAGACAGCUACUGAUGACCUGAUAGGGCUCUGGGUCCUCAGUCUGAAUCAGACUUUACCCAGACAGCAACUGAUCAUCAGUUGAAUCAUCUAGUCUGUUGAAUCAUGGUUUCCUAGUGAGCCUCUUGUGUUUCCAGCCUCUUGUAUCAGUGUGGUGUCCAGGGGGGGUCUAACCCUAACCAGCCUCCCUUAUCUGUGUGGUGUCCAGGGGGGGUCUAACCCUAACCAGCCUCUCGUAUCAGUGUGGUGUCCAGGGGGGGUCUAACCCUAACCAGCCUCUUGUAUCAGUGUGGUGUCCAGGGGGGGUCUAACCCUAACCAGCCUCUCGUAUCAGUGUGGUGUCCGGGGGGGGGGGUCUAACCCUAACCAGCCUCUCGUAUCAGUGUGGUGUCCAGGGGGAGUCUAACCCUAACCAGCCUCUCGUAUCAGUGUGGUGUCCAGGGGGGGUCUAACCCUAACCAGCCUCUCGUAUCAGUGUGGUGUCCAGGGGGAGUCUAACCCUAACCAGCCUCUCGUAUCAGUGUGGUGUCCAGGGGGGGUCUAACCCUAACCAGCCUCUCGUAUCAGUGUGGUGUCCAGGGGGAGUCUAACCCUAACCAGCCUCUCGUAUCAGUGUGGUGUCCAGGGGGGGUCUAACCCUAACCAGCCUCUCGUAUCAGUGUGGUGUCCAGGGGGGGGGUCUAACCCUAACCAGCCUCUCGUAUCAGUGUGGUGUCCAGGGGGGGUCUAACCCUAACCAGCCUCUCGUAUCAGUGUGGUGUCCGGGGGGGGGGGGGGUCUAACCCUAACCAGCCUCUCGUAUCAGUGUGGUGUCCAGGGGGGGUCUAACCCUAACCAGCCUCUUGUAUCAGUGUGGUGUCCAGGGGGGGUCUAACCCUAACCAGCCUCUCGUAUCAGUGUGGUGUCCAGGGGGGGUCUAACCCUAACCAGCCUCUCGUAUCAGUGUGGUGUCCAGGGGGGGUCUAACCCUAACCAGCCUCUCGUAUCAGUGUGGUGUCCAGGGGGGGUCUAACCCUAACCAGCCUCUUGUAUCAGUGUGGUGUCCAGGGGGGGUCUAACCCUAACCAGCCUCUCGUAUCAGUGUGGUGUCCGGGGGGGGGGUCUAACCCUAACCAGCCUCUCGUAUCAGUGUGGUGUCCAGGGGGGGUCUAACCCUAACCAGCCUCUCGUAUCAGUGUGGUGUCCAGGGGGGGUCUAACCCUAACCAGCCUCUUGUAUCAGUGUGGUGUCCAGGGGGGGUCUAACCCUAACCAGCCUCUCGUAUCAGUGUGGUGUCCGGGGGGGGGGGGUCUAACCCUAACCAGCCUCUCGUAUCAGUGUGGUGUCCGGGGGGGGGGGUCUAACCCUAACCAGCCUCUUGUAUCAGUGUGGUGUCCAGGGGGGGUCUAACCCUAACCAGCCUCUCGUAUCAGUGUGGUGUCCAGGGGGGGUCUAACCCUAACCAGCCUCUCGUAUCAGUGUGGUGUCCAGGGGGGGUCUAACCCUAACCAGCCUCUCGUAUCAGUGUGGUGUCCAGGGGGGGUCUAACCCUAACCAGCCUCCCUUAUCUGUGUGGUGUCCAGGGGGUUGGGAAAAAGAGAAAAAGAGAAGCUUCUGUUUCACAAUGGGCUGAUAAGGAAAUUGUUGAUUGCUAAUGAGGGGAUUCGAUUAAUCUGGCCUGGUCUCCCGGGUAAGCUUGUUUUGCACCUGGUGAAAGUUGAUUGCAUUGGUUUUGGAACCGGGCUGCCUCCCGGGCUUCAGCCAGGUGCCCCGCUCUGUCCGACGGCGAAGUCGGAUCAAAAACUAAGUGACGUAAUUAAGCACGUGGAGUAAUUAAUAGGAUUCUGUGUUUUCACACGCAAAAGUGAUUGCUUUUGAUAAAAACACCUUAUCUGCCUUCCCACUGAAAACUAGUUAUAACAUUCAACUUUAUUUUAAGAAUGUGAAAUGUCAGAAUAAUAGUAGAGAGAAUGAUUUAUUUCAGCUUUUAUUUCUUUCAUCACAUUCCCAGUGGGUCAGAAGUGGGUCAAUGGUAGCAUUGCCUUUAAAUUGUUUAACUUGGGUCAAACGUUUCGGGUAGCCUUCCACAAGCUUCCCACAAUAAGUUGGGUGAAUUUUGGCCCAUUCCUCCUGACAGAGCUGGUGUGACUGAGUCAGGUUUGUAGGCCUCCUUGCUCGCACACGCUUUUUCAGUUCUGCCCACAAAUGUUCUAUAGGAUUGAGGUCAGGGCUUUGUGAUGGCCACUCCAAUACCUUGACAUUGUUGUCCUUAAGCCAUUUUGCCACAACUUUGGAAGCAUGCUUGGGGUCAUUGUCCAUUUGGAAGACCCAUUUGCAACCAAGCUUUAACUUCCUGACUGAUGUCUUGAGAUGUUGCUUCUAUAUAUCCACAUAAUUUUCCUUCCUCAUGCACCAGUCCCUCCUGCAGCAAAGCACCCCCACAGCAUGAUGCUGCCACCCCUGUGCUUCACGGUUGGGAUGGUGUUCUUCGGCUUGCAAGUCACCCCCUUUUUCCUCCAAACAUAACGAUGGUCAUUAUGGCCAAACAGUUCUAUUUUUGUUUCAUCAGACCAGAGGCCAUUUCUCCAAAAAGUACAAUCUUUGUCCCCAUGUGCAGUUGCAAACCGUAGUCUGGCUUUUUAAUGGCGGUUUUGGAGCAGUGGCUUCUUCCUUGCUGAGCGGCCUUUCAGGUUAUGUUGAUAUAGGACUCGUUUUACUGUGGAUAUAGAUACUUUUGUACCUGUUUCCUCCAGCAUCUUCACAAGGUCCUUUGCUGUGGUUCUGGGAUUGAUUUGCACUUUUUGCACCAAAGUACGUUCAUCUCUAGGAGACAGAACACGUCUCCUUCCUGAGCGGUAUGACGGCUGCGUGCUCCCAUGGUGUUUAUACUUGCGUACUAUUGUUUGUACAGAUGAACGUGGUACCUUCAGGCAUUUGGAAAUUGCUCCCAAGGAUGAACCAGACUUGUGGAGGUCUACAAUUUCUUUUCUGAGGACUUGGCUGAUUUCUUUUGAUUUUCCCAUUAUGUCAAGCAAAGCGGCACUGAGUUUGAAGGUAGGCCUUGAAAUACAUCCACAGGUACACCUCCAAUUGACUCAAAUGAUGUCAAUUAGCCUAUCAGAAGCUUCUAAAGCCAUGACAUCAUUUUCUGGAAUUUUCCAAGCUGUUUAAAGGCACAGUCAACUUAGUGUAUGUAAACUUCUGACCCAUUGGAAUUGUGAUGCAGGGAAUUAUAAGUGAAAUAAUCUGUCUGUAAACAAUUGUUGGAAAAAUUACUUGUGUCAUGCACAAAGUAGAUGUCCUAACCGACUUGCCAAAACUAUAGUUUGUUAACAAGACAUUUGUGGAGUGGUUGAAAAACGAGUUUUAAUGACUCCAACCUAAGUGUAUGUAAACUUCCGACUUCAACUGUAUUUUAUACAAAAGAGAUGUUGUAUGUUUCUGGAUGAUGCACCAUGCUGCCUUGUUGACAACAUGACCGAGCGACGCAGAUUACUGUUGGAUUUGAGAAGGGCUCUCCUCCCUCACAGCUUUUCCAGUUCACGUCACGGGGCAUAGACCGGUGCCCCGCGGCUCAGUAUAAUAGAAUCCGCCCAUUGCUAGCUUUUGGACUUCAAUCACUCGUGAGUUCAUGUUGACAUAGCCUUUAGACUUGGACAUGAAAGGUGCACUAGUGUUGUAACCGUGGAGAUGACAUGUUAGUGUUGUAACCGUGGAGAUUACGUGUUAGUGUUGUAACCAUGGAGAUGCUGUGUUGUUUUAAGCUGUGUGACCAGUCAUUUCCUGUUUGCUGGAGGUGUGUUUCCUGUCCUGGAAGGAGUUAAGCCUCAGACAGGUGGGUUAAGACAAUUGACCAAAUAUGUAUUUUCAUUACAUUUGAAUAUCAUGAAUCUGUUUUUAAAUAUUUUAUUGAUGCCAUGGGUUCUGUAUUUAAAUCUUUAAUUGAUGUCAUGGGUUCUGUAUUUCAAUCUUUAAUUGAUGCCAUGGGUUCUGUAUUUAAAUAUUUAAUUGAUGUCAUGGGUUCUGUAUUUAAAUCUUUAAUUGAUGUCAUGGGUUCUGUAUUUAAAUCUUUAAUUGAUGUCAUGGGUUCUGUAUUUAAAUCUUUAAUUGAAGCCAUGGGUUCUGUAUUUAAGUAUUUAAUUGAUGCCAUGGGUUCUGUAUUUAAGUAUUUAAUUAAUGCCAUGGGUUCUGUAUUUAAGUAUUUAAUUAAUGCCAUGGGUUCUGUAUUUAAGUAUUUAAUUAAUGCCAUGGCUUCUGAUGCAGAUUGAGAUCGACAACCCAUAAAAUAUACAUUUUAUCAACUCUUAAAUCAGAUGUAUUUAUCUUACUCAUUUCUUAGGAGCCCUAACCCUAACCCUUCUAUUUGUAAUAAAAUACAUCCCCUUUAUCAAAUAAAAAUCAGAUGUAUCUUACAUUUCUAUACAGAAACCCAGCCUAAAACCCCAAACAACAAGCAAUGCAGAUGUAGAAGCACGGUGGCUAGAACAAACUCCCUAGAAAGGCAGGAACCUAGGAAGAAACCUAGAGAGGAACCAGGCUCUGAGGGGUGGCCAGUCCUCUUCUGGCUGUGCCGGGUGGAUAUUAUAAGAGGACAUGGCCAUUAAGGCCAAGUGGACUGGGGACAGCCAGGAGUCAUCAGGCCAGGUAGUCCAACCUUGAAAUCAGUCCUAGCCUUAACAGGAAGCCAGUGUAGAGAGGCUAGCACUGGAGGAAUAUGAUCACAUUUCUUGGUUCUAGUGAAGAUUCUAGCAGCCGUGUUUAGCACUAACUGAAGUUUAUUUAGUGCUUUAGCCGGAGAGUAGAGCAUUGCAGUAGUCUACUCUAGAAGUGACAAAAGCAUGGAUUAGCUGCAUCAUUUUUGGACUAAAAGUUUCAGAUUUUUGCAAUGUUACGAAGAUGGAAAAAAGCUGCCCUUGAAAUAUUCUUGAUAUGUUCGUCAAAAGAGAGAUCAGGGUUCAGAGUAACGCCGAGGUCCUUCACAGUUUUGAGACGACUGUUCAACCAUCAAGAUUAAUUGUCAGAUCCAACAGCAGAUCUCUUUGUUUCUUGGGACCUAGAACUAGCAUCUCUGUUUUGUCCGAGUUUAAAAGUAAAACAUUUGCCGCCAUCCACUUCCUUACAGUGGGGAAAAAAAGUAUUUAGUCAGCCACCAAUUGUGCAAGUUCUCCCACUUAAAAAGAUGAGAGAGGCCUGUAAUUUUCAUCAUAGGUACACGUCAACUAUGACAGACAAAAUGAGAAAAAAAAAUCCAGAAAAUCACAUUGUAGGAUUUUUUAUGAAUUUAUUUGCAAAUUAUGGAUGGUGUAUUGAAAACAAUAGUGGUCCUAAAACGGAACCUUGAGGAACACUGAAACCUACCAUUGAUUUGUCAGAGGACAAACCAUCCACAGAGACGAACUGAUAUCUUUCAGACAGAUAAGAUCUAAACCAGGCAAGAACUUGUCCGUGUAAACCAAUUAAGGUUUACAAUCUCUCCAAAAGAAUGUGGUGAUCAAUGUUGUCAAAAGCAGCACUAAGGUCUAGGAGCACGAGGACAGAUGCAGAGCCUUGGUCUGACGCCAUUAAAAGGUAAUUUACCACCUUCACGAGUGCAGUCUCAGUGCUAUGAUGGUGUCUAAAACCAGACUGAAGCGGUCGUAUACAUGAUUUGUCUUCAGGAAGGCAGUGAAUUGCUGCGCAACAGCUUUUUAAAUUUUCUUUGAGAGGAAUUGGAGAUUCGAUAUAGGCCGAUAGUUUUUUUUACAUUUUCCGGGUCAAGGUUUGGCUUUUUCAGGAGAGGCUUUAUUACUGCCACUUUUAGUGAGUUUGGUUCACAUCCAGUGGAUAGGGAGCCAUUUAUUAUGUUCAACAUAGCAGGGCCAAGCACAGGAAGUAGCUCUUUCAGUAGUUUAGUUGGAAUAGGGUCCAGUAUGCAGCUUGAAGGUUUAGAGGCCAUGAGUAUUUUCAUGAAAAGACUUAAGUGUCUCUAUUGAUCCGAGGUCCUGGCAGUUCUGUGCAGACUCAGGACAACUGAGCUUUGGAGAAAUACGCAGAUUCCAUGUCCCACUGUCUGUCUCUCUCUCCCCCUGUCUGUCUCUCUCUCCCCCUGUCUCUCUCUCCCCCUGUCUUCUCUCUCUCCCCCUGUCUGUCUCUCCCCUCCCCGUCUGUCUCCUCUCCCCCCUGUCUCUCUCUCCCCCUGUCUGUCGCUCUCUCCUCUCUCCCCUGUCUGUCUCUCUCUCUCCCCCUGUCUGUCCUCUCUCUCGCCCCUUCCUGUUCUCUCUCUCCCCUGUCUGUCUCUCUCUCUCCCCCUGUCUGUCUCUCUCUCCCCCUGUCUGUCUCUCUCCCCCUUUCUUCCCUCUCUCCUCCCCCUGUCCUGUCUCUCUCCCCCUGUUCUCUCUCCCCCUGUUGUCUCUCUCUCCCCUGUCCCUGUCUAUCUCUCCCUGUCUGUCUCUCUCUCCUCUCUCCCCCUGUCUGUCUCUCUCCCCCCUGUCUGUCUCUCUCCCCCUGUCUGUCUCUCUCUCCCCCUGUCUUCCCCUCUCUCUCCCCUGUCUGUCCUCUCUCUCCCCCUGUCUGUCUCUCUCUCCCCCCCUGUCCUGUCUCUCUCUCCCCCCUGUCCUGUCUCUCCCCCUGUCUUCUCUUCUCCCCCCUGUCUGUCUCUCUCCCCCUGUCUGUCUCUCUCUCCCCUGUCUGUCCUCUCUCCCCCUGUCUGUCUCUCUCUCCCCCUGUCUGUCUCUCUCCCCCCUGUCUGUCUCUCUUCCCCCUGUCUGUCUCUCUCUCCCCCUGUCUGUCUCUCUCCCCCUGUCUGUCUCUCUCUCCCCCCUGGUCUCUCUCUCUCUCCCCCUGUCUGUCUCUCUCCCCCUGUCUGUCUCUCUCUCCCCCUGUCUGUCUCUCUCCCCUGUCUGUCUCUCUCUCCCCCUGUCUGUCUCUCUCUCCCCCUGUCUGUCUCUCUCUCCCCUGUCUGUCUCCUCUCCCCUGUCUGUCUCUCUCCCCCUGUCUGUCUCUCUCUCCCCCCUGUCUCUUGUCUCUCUCCCCCUGUCUGUCUCUCUCUCCCCCUGUCUGUCUCUCAUCCCCUGUCUGUCUCUCUCUCCCCCUGUCUGUCUCUCUCUCCCCCCUGUCUGUCUCUCUCUCUCCCCUGUCUGUCUCCUUCUCCCCCUGUCUGUCUCUCUCUCCCCCUGUCUGUCUUCUCUCCCCCUGUCUGUCUCUCUCUCCCCUGUCUGUCUCUCUUCUCCCCUGUCUGUCUCUCUCUCCCCUGGUCUGUCUCCUCUCUCCCCCUGUCUGUCUCUCUCUCCCCUGUCUGUCUCUCUCCCCCUGUCUGUCUCUCUCCCCCUGUUCUUCUCUCUCCCCCUGUCUGUCUCUCUCUCCCCCUGUCUGCUCUCUCUCUCCCCCUGUCUUCUCUCUCCCCUUCUGUCUUUUCUCUCCCCUGUCUGUCUCUCUCCCCCUGCUGUCUCUCUCUCUCCCCUGUCUGUCCCUCUCCCCUGCCUGUCUCUCUCUCCCCUGUCUGUCUCUGUCUCCCUGUCUUCUCUCUCCCCUGUGUCUCUCUCUCCCCUGUCUGUCUCUCUCCCCCUGUCUGUUCUCUCUCCCCCUGUCUGUCUCUCCUCUCCCCUGUCCUGUCCUCUCUCCCCCUGUCUGUCUCUCUCCCCCUGUCUCUCUCUCCUCCCCCUGUCUGGAUCUGUCUCUCCCUGUCUGUCCUCUCCCCCUUGUUGUCUCUCUCUCCCCCCGGUCUGUCUCUCUCUCCCCCUGUCUGUCUCUCUAACCCCCCCUGUCCUGUCUCUCUCCCCCUGUCUGUCUCUCUUCUCCCCCUGUGCCUGUCUCUCUCUCCCCCUGUUCUGUCUCUCUCCACCCUGUCUGCUCCUCUCCCCUGUCUCUCUCUCCCCUGUCUUCCCCGUCUGUCUCUCCUCCCCCCUGUCCUGUCUCUCUCUCUCCCCCUGUCUGUCUCUCGCUCCCUGUCUGUCUCUUCUCUCUCCCCCUUCUGUCUCCUUCUUCCCUGCCUGUCUCUCUCUCCCCUGUCUGUUCUCUAUCUCCCCCUGUCGUCUCUCUCCCCUGCUUCUCUCCCCCCCUGUCUGUCUCUCUCUCCCCCUGUCUGUCUCGUCUCUUCCCCCUGUUCUGGUCGUCUCUCUCCCCCCCUUGUCUUGGUCUGUCUCUCUCCCCCUGUCUGUCUCUCUCUCCCCCUGUCUGUCUCUCCUCCCCCUGUCCUGUCUCUCUCUCCCCCUGUCCUGUUCUCUCUUCUCCCCCCCUGUCUGUCUCUCUUCUCCCCCCUGUCUGUCUCUCUAUCCCCUGUCGGUCUCUCUCUCCCCCGUCGUAUCUCUCUCCCCCUGUCUGUCUCUCUCUCCCCCUGUCUGUCUCUCUCUCCCCUGUCUGUCUCUCUCUCCCCCUGUCUGUCUCUCUCCCCCUGUCUGUCUCUCUCCCCCCUGUCUGUCUCUCUCUCCCCCUGUCUGUCUCUCUCUCCCCCUGUCUGUCUCUCUCUCCCCUGUCUGUCUCUCCCUCUCCCCUGUCUGUCUCUCUCUCCCCCUGUCGUCUCUCUCUCCCCUGUCUGCCUCUCUCCCCUGUCUCUCUCUCCCCCUGUCUGUCUCUCUCCCCCUGUCUGUCUCUCUCUCCCCCUGUCUGUCUCUCUCCCCCUGUCUGUCUCUCUCUCCCCUGUCUGUCUCUCUCUGCCCCUGUCUGUUCUCUCUUCCCCUGUCUGUCUCUCUCCCUGGUCUUCUCUCCCCUGUCUGUCUCUCUCUCCCCUGUCUGUCCUCUCUCCCCUGUCUGUCUCUCUCUCCCCCCUGUCUGUCUCUCUCUCCCCCUUGUCUGUCUCUCUCUCCCCCUGUCUGCUCUCUCUCCCUCUUCUCUCCCCUGUCUGUCUCUCUCUCCCCUGUCUGUCUCUCUCUCCCCUGUCUGUCUCUCUCUCCCCUGUCUGUCUCUCUCUCCCCCUGUCUGUCUCUCUCUCCCCCUGUCUGUCUCUCUCUCCCCUGUCUGUCUCUCUCUCCCCUGUCUGUCUCUCUCCCCCUGUCUGUCUCUCUCUCCCCCUGUCGUCUCUCUCUCCCCUGUCUGUCCUCUCUCUCCCCUGUCUGUCUCUCUCUCCCCUGUCUGUCUCUCUCUCCCCUGUCUGUCUCUCUCUCCCCCUGUCUGUCUCUCUCCCCCUGCUGUCUCUCUCUCCCCCUGCUGUCUCUCUCCCCCUGUCUGUCUCUCUCUCCCCGUGCCUGUCCUCUCUUCUUCCCCCUGCUGUCUCUUUCCCCUGCUGUCUCUCUCUCCGUGGUAAUCGUCCGGUCUGUUAUUCCUGUGUCUUCUGUGUCAGUUUGUUGACCCAUUCUGCUGAUUCUUACUGUGAACUGCUCCCAAAGACAAACCAGGUAGGAUGAUUAGGUUGGGGGUUCUUUAGUCACGCGUACUAUGAGAUUACAAUAGGAUCUGUGUUGAUGUUAAAUAAGAUCCUGGGUCUGUAUUCAAGUGUCUGAUCUAGGAUCAGUUUGACCAUUUAGAUGAUUCCAUGGACAGAGGGGACCUGAUCCCAGAUCAGCACUCCCACUCUGAGGCUUUAUGAAUACAGGCCCUUCUAGUGUAUGUCAGUAUAUUACCUGAACGUUCUGGGUGUAGGAACGGUUCAUGGCCAGCAGUGUUGCAGCUCAUCAUGUCUCUCUGUUCCAGACCCGGAGCCUGAUGCCUUGUGGCCCAACGCCCAGGAGAUCCUGUGUUCUGCUGUUAGCAGCUGUACUAGACACAUAACUCUGGGCCUGGUUACUGAACUGGUCACUGUCUGGGACAGACACUUAGGUGAGUUCACUUCACACUGGUUCUGGGGCCUCAAUGUUACACUAAAUAUCGCACGCACAAUAAUAUUGAGAUUGAUAAAGUUUCCAGUUAUAAAUCAGACCUGUCGUAAAACUGUGCACGUGAACGAGCACUAUAACUCCGCCUGGAAAACGCCUCCAUUCACCUUUUAUAGUGACAAUAACACUCUAAUUUGCUGUAUACUUUGGAAGUAUUGGAAUUAGGCCAAGACAGUUUCUAAGGAAAUAUCCAUGCAGAUGUCUUUGGAGGGGUUGGCACAAUGUUUUCUUUUGCUGUGACAUUUGCUGUAGAUUAUCUGUCCGUUUCUGAAAGACAAAAACAAUUGCACAUUGUUGUGGACCUGUAAACAGACCGUUUUGAAUUCAAGAAUGUUUUGUAUUUACUUUUUCCCAAACCUAAAUAGGCUAUGCUGUACUGCCCGCGAAUUCUGAAACAUUGAAAAAAAUGAAAACUACAGUACAGCGCUAGCCUACCUGUUCAACUGUUAAAUUCUACUGUAUGUUAUAAACCGCGCUCCCUUUCGGAUGCAAAAACAUUUAGUUAUAAUAUCUAAUAGGCCCAAGGAGAGAUGUGCAUGGUCAUCUGUUGUAUGGCUACUUGGGGAAUAUCAACCAUCACGGCCAGAAAAGGUGCGGAAUUCAUUCUGAAAAUGGUUAUGAUAUAUGAUAUAAACUCAGCAAUAAAAAUAAACGUCCUCUCACUGUCAACUGCGUUUAUUUUCAGCAAACUUAACAUGUGUAAAUAUUUGUAUGAACAUAACAAGAUUCAACAACUGAGACAUAAACUGAACAAGUUCCACAGACAUGUGACUAACAUAAAUGACCAAAGGGGGGGUCAAAAUCAAAAGUAACCAGCUGCAUUAAGUACUGCAGUGCAUCUCCUCCUCAUGGACUGCACCAGAUUUGCCAGUUCUUGCUGUGAGAUGUUACCCCACUCUUCCACCAAGGCACCUGCAAGUUCCUGGACAUUUCUGGGGGGAAUGGCCCUAGCCCUCACCCUCCGAUCCAACAGGUCCCAGACGUGCCCAGAUUGAGAUCCUUGCUCUUCGCUGGCCAUGGCAGAACACUGACAUUCCUGUCUUGCAGGAAAUCACGCACAGAACGAGCAGUAUGGCUGGUGGCAUUGUCAUGCUGGAGGGUCAUGUCAGGAUGAGCCUGCAGGAAGGGUACCACAUGAGGGAAGAGGAUGUCUUCCCUGUAACGCACAGCGUUGAGAUUGCCUGCAAUGAUAGGCCUCGGUGUAAUGCUCAUUCGUUCGACGAUAAACGCGAAUCCAACCAUCACCCCUGGUGAGACAAAACCGCGACUCGUCAGUGAAGAGCACUUUUUGCCAGUCCUGUCUGGUCCAGCGACGGUGGGUUUGUGCCCAUAGGCAACGUUGUUGCCGGUGAUGUCUGGUGAGGACCUGCCUUACAACAGGCCUACAACAGGCCUAUUGCGGACAGUCUGAGCACUGAUGGAGGGAUUGUGCGUUCCUGGUGUAACUCGGGCAGUUAAUGAUGCCAUCCUGUACCUGUCCCGCAGGUGUGAUGUUCGGAUGUACCGAUCCUGUGCAGGUGUUGUUACACGUGGUCUGCCACUGCGAGGACGAUCAGCUGUCCGUCCUGUCUCCCUGUAGCGCUGUCUUAGGCGUCUCACAGUACGGACAUUGCAAUAUAUGUAACCCUGGACACAUCUGCAGUCCUCAUGCCUCCUUGCAGCAUGCCUAAGGCACGUUCACGCAGAUGAGCAGGGACCCUGGGCAUCUUUCUUUUGGUGUUUUUCAGAGUCAGUAGAAAGGCCUCUUUAGUGUCCUAAGUUUUCAUAACUGUGACCUUAAUUGCCUACCGUCUGUAAGCUGUUAGUGUCUUAACGACCGUUCCACAGGUGCAUGUUCAUUAAAGUCAUUAAGGUUUCGAGCUUGACGUUUGGCAACUCGAACCUUCAGCUCCCUCCACAGAUUUUCUAUGGGAUUAAGGUCUGGAGACUGGCUAGGCCACUCCAGGACCUUAAUGUGCUUCUUCUUGAGCCACUCCUUUGUUGCCUUGGCCGUGUGUUUUGGGUCAUUGUCAUGCUGGAAUACCCAUCCACGACCCAUUUUCACGUGGUCUGCCACUGCGAGGACGAUCAGCUGUCCGUCCUGUCUCCCUGUAGCGCUGUCUUAGGCGUCUCACAGUACGGACAUUGCAAUAUAUAUAACCCUGGACACAUCUGCAGUCCUCAUGCCUCCUUGCAGCAUGCCUAAGGCACGUUCACGCAGAUGAGCAGGGACCCUGGGCAUCUUUCUUUUGGUGUUUUUCAGAGUCAGUAGAAAGGCCUCUUUAGUGUCCUAAGUUUUCAUAACUGUGACCUUAAUUGCCUACCGUCUGUAAGCUGUUAGUGUCUUAACGACCGUUCCACAGGUGCAUGUUCAUUAAAGUCAUUAAGGUUUCGAGCUUGACGUUUGGCAACUCGAACCUUCAGCUCCCUCCACAGAUUUUCUAUGGGAUUAAGGUCUGGAGACUGGCUAGGCCACUCCAGGACCUUAAUGUGCUUCUUCUUGAGCCACUCCUUUGUUGCCUUGGCCGUGUGUUUUGGGUCAUUGUCAUGCUGGAAUACCCAUCCACGACCCAUUUUCAAUGCCCUGGCUGAGGGAAGGAGGUUCUCACCCAAGAUUUGACGGUACAUGGCCCCGUCCAUUGUCCCUUUGAUGCGGUGAAGUUGUCCUGUCCCCUUAGCAGAAAAACACCCCCAAAGCAUAAUGUUUCCACCUCCAUGUUUGACGGUGGGGAUGGUGUUCUUGGGAUCAUAGGCAGCAUUCCUCCUCCUCCAAACACGGCGAGUUGAGUUGAUGCUCCAUUUUGGUCUCAUCUGAACAUAACACUUUCACCCAGUUCUCCUCUGAAUCAUUCAGAUGUUCAUUGGCAAACUUCAGACGGCCCUGUAUAUGUGCUUUCUUGAGCAGGGGGACCUUGCGGGCGCUGCAGGAUUUCAGUCCUUCACGGCAUAGUGUGUUACCAAUUGUUUUCUUGGUGACUAUGGUCCCAGCUGCCAUUUUUUUAUUGGUACAUUUUUUGGGGGAAGCCUGGCUUCCCUUGGCAUCCAUGAAUACACACCACUAGUUGUUAAUAAUAGUACAAAUGCAGGGCUAUCGAUACACUUUGCUACUCAUUCAUUGCAGCUGCAGCGAGAGUGGAAGUAGAGAGAAGCACGUUUUAUGUUUUGUAAUAGAGUUGAAUAAAAACAGUGUUGACAGAACUGAAUAAAAACAGUGUUGACAGUACUGAAUAAAAACAGUGUUGACAGAACUGAAUAAAAACAGUGUUGACAGUACUGAAUAAAAACAGUGUUGACAGUACUGAAUAAAAACAGUGUUGACAGUACUGAAUAAAAACUGUUGACAGGUCUGAAUAAAAACUGUGUUGACAGUACUGAAUAAAAACAGUGCUGACAGGUCUGAAUAAAAACAGUGCUGACAGUACUGAAAAAAAAGAGUGUUGACAGUACUAAAUAAAAACAGUGCUGACAGUACUGAAUAAAAACUGUUGACAGGUCUGAAUAAAAACAGUGUUGACAGUACUGAAAAAAAAGAGUGUUGACAGUACUGAAUAAAAACAGUGCUGACAGUACUGAAUAAAAACAGUGUUGACAGGUCUGAAAAAAAAGAGUGUUGACAGUACUAAAUAAAAACAGUGCUGACAGUACUGAAUAAAAACAGUGUUGACAGGUCUGAAAAAAAAGAGUGUUGACAGUACUAAAUAAAAACUUAAACAUGAAUUCACUCAUAAAAACAGCAGCUCUGUGCUGUAUUCUUUCUUUGGUCAUGGUUUUAAAAGUUAUGAAAUCUUACGUAGGCGAGUAUCAAACUUUGCUGUGGCCGGGGGUCGUAGAAGCUGUAGACUCAGUGAUUUGAACUAUCCGAUUGGCCAGCAGCACUCAAUUUAGCCACAGAUCUCCCGGUCUUCCGGGUAGGCGGAGAUUGUCUUUUCAGACAAAUUAAAGGGUUACAAAUGGGAACAAUUAGCCUACCCAGUGCACAGGGCUUCUGAAUCAAAUGCACCUACCGCCAACAGGGCUUCUGAAUCAAAUGCACCUACCACCAACAGGGCUUCUGAAUCAAAUGCACCUACCGCCAACAGGGCUUCUGAAUCAAAUGCACCUACCGCCAACAGGGCUUCUGAAUCAAAUGCACCUACCGCCAACAGGGCUUCUGAAUCAAAUGCACCUACCGCCAACAGGGCUUCUGAAUCAAAUGCACCUACCGCCAACAGCACAACACCAAUAAAACAAAAAGGAGUGCAAGUCUUUAUCAUUGGCUUUUCGACACAAACGUUUGGUGAUCGACUAGUAAUGCCUUGAAGAUCCACCAGUCGAUUGACCGGUUGGUGAUCCACUAGUAAUGCCUUGAAGAUCCACCAGUCGAUUGACCGGUUGGUGAUCCACUAGUAAUGCCUUGAAGAUCCACCAGUCGAUUGACCGGUUGGUGACCACUGGUCUAAAGUUUGCCUGAGGAUAGGCACAUUCUCACAUCAAGGUCAGAUUUGAUAAAUGCCAACUUUUGCCUGAACUGGCGAAUGCAUGUUUUGGGGUAUAUCUUUAUGCAUAUGCAACGUUUGUAAAUGAGGCCACUGGUGAAAAGCACACAACACCAUAAUAUUUCUAAGUAAAUGUUUUCUUAUUUCUUUGUUUUGUUUACCUCGGUUGUUAAGUUGCCGUUUCAUAUGCACAGACCCUCGAGCCUAUUUCUUAUCUGUAUAAGAACCUAGAAGAGAUGCGCUGUAGGUAUUUAUUUCCUAAAUGGAUGAAAUGAAUAUGACUGUGCAGGAAGCCUCUUAUCUCUCUCCCCCAUUGUGUAGGUCUUCCUCUGUCUGUUGUCUCAUUGGCAGCAGACAGUGUGUUCAGCAGCAUUAUGUUUGUGGAUGACUGGCCUCGUACUGCUGCUGAGGAUGCCCCACACAGCCAGGGUGCUACCCACACCAGCACACAGGUCCAUAUACUGGUCACCUGUAAGAGUGGAGCAUGUCAUCUAGUCUAUGCAGGAAGAGGACUGAACUCUCAUGAUGUCACACAACUAUCAGAAAGGUUUACAGGAUUCUAUUCUAUUCUACACAAUCUAUCAGAAGGUUAACUUGAGUAACCCAUACCAAGUUACAUUACAUAAACAUUGAUAGAAACAUGAUAUAGAGCUCCAUAACUUCCUGUCUCCUAUCUGUCAGACCAUCAGCUCCAGGGUGUUUCCCCUCCCUCCAUAACUUCCUGUCUCUCCUGUCUUCUAUCUGUCAGACCAUCAGCUCCAGGCUGUUUCCCCUCCCUCCAUAACUUCCUGUCUCUCCUGUCUCCUAUCUGUCAGACCAUCAGCUCCAGGCUGUUUCCCCUCCCUCCAUAACUUCCUGUCUCUCCUGUCUCCUAUCUGUCAGACCAUCAGCUCCAGGGUGUUCCCCCUCCCUCCAUAACUUCCUGUCUCUCCUGUCUUCUAUCUGUCAGACCAUCAGCUCCAGGGUGUCUCCCCUCCCUCCAUAACUUCCUGUCUCUCCUGUCUCCUAUCUGUCAGACCAUCAGCUCCAGGGUGUUUCCCCUCCCUCCAUAACUUCCUGUCUCUCCUGUCUUCUAUCUGUCAGACCAUCAGCUCCAGGGUGUUUCCCCUCCCUCCAUAACUUCCUGUCUCUCCUGUCUUCUAUCUGUCAGACCAUCAGCUCCAGGCUGUUUCCCCUCCCUCCAUAACUUCCUGUCUUCUAUCUGUCAGACCAUCAGCUCCAGGGUGUUUCCCCUCCCUCCAUAACUUCCUGUCUCUCCUGUCUUCUAUCUGUCAGACCAUCAGCUCCAGGGUGUUUCCCCUCCCUCCAUAACUUCCUGUCUCUCCUGUCUCCUAUCUGUCAGACCAUCAGCUCCAGGCUGUUUCCCCUCCCUCCAUAACUUCCUGUCUCUCCUGUCUCCUAUCUGUCAGACCAUCAGAUCCAGGCUGUCUCCCCGUGGUGACUGCUACUGUUCCGUUCCUCCAGCGCCUGGUAAACCAGCUUCAUUAUGUUGACUCUCAGGCCACCAUGUCCAUCUCCCUCUCAUCAGAUGGAGUGAUUUAGAAGAUUCCAGUGAUGCUGGACUAGUGUGUUUCUCUGUGUCACUAUCCUCUAUCUACAGUGAGGGAAAAAGGAUUUGAUCCCCUGCUGAUUUUGUACGUUUGCCCACUGACAAAGAAAUGAUCAGUCUAUAAUUUUAAUGGUAGGUUUAUUUGAACAGUGAGAGACAGAAUAACAACAAAAAAAUCCAGAAAAACGCAUGUCAAAAAUGUUAUAAAUUGAUUUGCAUUUUAAUGAGGGAAGUAAGUAUUUGACAGCUCUGCAAAACAUUACUUAGUACUUGGUGGCAAAACCCUUGUUGGCAAUCACAGAGGUCAGACAUUUCUUGUAGUUGGCCACCAGGUUUGCACACAUAUCAGGAGGGAUUUUGUCCCAUUCCUCUUUGCAGAUCUUCUCCAAGUCAUUAAGGUGUCGAGGCUGACGUUUGGCAACUCGAACCUUCAGCUCCCUCCACAGAAUUUCUAUGGGAUUAAGGUCUGGAGACUGGCUAGGCCACUCCAGGACCUUAAUGUGCUGCUUCUUGAGCCACUCCUUUGUUGCCUUGGCCGUGUGUUUUGGGUCAUUGUCAUGCUGGAAUACCCAUCCACGACCCAUUUUCAAUGCCCUGGCUGAGGGAAGGAGGUUCUCGCCCAAGAUUUGACGGUACAUGGCCCCGUCCAUCGUCCCUUUGAUGCGGUGAAGUUGUCCUGUCCCCUUAGCAGAAAAACACCCCCAAAGCAUAAUGUUUCCACCUCCAUGUUUGACGGUGGGGAUGGUGUUCUUGGGGUCAUAGGCAGCAUUCCUCCUCCUCCAAACACGGUGAGUUGAGUUGAUGCCAAAGAGCUCGAUUUUGGUCUCAUCUGACCACAACACUUUCACCCAGUUCUCCUCUGAAUCAUUCAGAUGUUCAUUGGCAAACUUCAGACGGCCCUGUAUAUGUGCUUUCUUGAGCAGGGGGACCUUGCGGGCGCUGCAGGAUUUCAGUCCUUCACGGCGUAGUGUGUUACCAAUUGUUUUCUUGGUGACUAUGGUCCCAGCUGUCACGAUCGUCGGGAACAGAGGACCAAGGCGCAGCGUGGAAGGUGAACAUACUUAUUUAUUUAAUGAUACACGAACAAAACGAUAACGUGACGUCCUUGGUUACAAUAAACACACCAACACGGAACAAGAUCCCACCAACACUGUGGGAAAACCACCUGACUAAAUAUGGUUCCCAAUCAGAGACAACCAGCAACAGCUGACACUCGUUGCCUCUGAUUGAGAACCACUCUGGCCAACAUAGAUAUACAAAAACUAGACUAGACACAACGAGCACAAAACAUAAACUCUACACACCCUGGCUCAACUUAAAAGAGUCCCUAGAGCCAGGGCGUGACACCAGCUGCCUUGAGAUCAUUGACAAGAUCCUCCUGUGUAGUUCUGGGCUGAUUCCUCACCGUUCUCAUGAUCAUUGCAACUACACGAGGUGAGAUCUUGCAUGGAGCCCCAGGCCGAGGGAGAUUGACAGUUCUUUUGUGUUUCUUCCAUUUGCGAAUAAUCGCACCAACUGUUGUCACCUUCUCACCAAGCUGCUUGGCGAUGGUCUUGUAGCCCAUUCCAGCCUUGUGUAGGUCUACAAUCUUGUGCCUGACAUCCUUGGAGAGCUCUUUGGUCUUGGCCAUGGUGGAGAGUUUGGAAUCUAAUUGAUUAAUUGCUUCUGUGGACAGGUGUCUUUUAUACAGGUAACAAGCUGAGAUUAGAAGCACUCCCUUUAAGAGUGUGCUCCUAAUCUCAGCUCGUUACCUGUAUAAAGACACCUGGGAGCCAGAAAUCUUUCUGAUUGAGAGGGGGUCAAAUACCUAUUUCCCUCAUUAAAAUGCAAAUCAAUUUAUAACAUUUUUGACAUGCGUUUUUCUGGAUUUUUUUGUUGUUAUUCUGUCUCUCACUGUUCAAAUAAACCUACCAUUAAAAUUAUAGACUGAUCGUUUCUUUGUCAGUGGGCAAACGUACAAAAUCAGCAGGGGAUCAAAUAAUUUUUUUCCCUCACUGUAUCUUAGUUAUCUUACUACUCCUAUCUUAGCUGUCUUAUCUUUCUACUCCUAUCUUAGUUAUCUUACUACUCCUAUCUUAGUAAUCUUAUCUUACUACUCCUAUCUUAGUUAUCUUACUACUUCUAUCUUAGUUAUCUUACUACUCCUAUCUUAGUCAUCUUAUCUUUCUACUCCUAUCUUAGUUAUCUUACUACUCCUAUCUUAGUCAUCUUAUCUUUCUACUCCUAUCUUAGUUAUCUUACUACUUCUAUCUUAGUUUUCUUACUACUCCUAUCUUAGUUAUCUUACUACUCCUAUCUUAGCCAAGGUAGUGGGUUCGAUCCCCGGGACCACCCAUACACAAAAAAAAAUGUAUGCACGCAUGACUGUAAGUCGCUUUGGAUAAAAGCGUCUGCUAAAUGGCAUAUUAUAUUAUUAUUAUUAUUAGUCAUCUUAUCUUUCUACUCCUAUCUUGGUUAUCUUACUACUUCUAUCUUAGUUAUCUUACUACUCCUAUCUUAGUUAUCUUACUACUCCUAUCUUAGUCAUCUUAUCUUUCUACUCCUAUCUUAGUUAUCUUACUACUUCUAUCUUAGUUAUCUUACUACUCCUAUCUUAGUCAUUUUAUCUUACUACUUCUAUCUUAGUUAUCUUACUACUCCUAUCUUAGUUAACUUAUCUUACUACUCCUAUCUUAGUUAUCUUAUUACUUCUAUCUUAGUUAUCUUACUACUCCUAUCUUAGUUAUCUUACUACUCCUAUCUUAGUCAUCUUAUCCUACUACUUCUAUCUUAGUUAUCUUACUACUCCUAUCUUAGUUAUCUUACUACUCCUAUCUUAGUUAUCUUACUACUCCUAUCUUAGUUAUCUUACUACUCCUAUCUUAGUUAUCUUACUACUCCUAUCUUAGUUAUCUUAUUAAUUCUAUCUUAGUUAUCUUACUACUCCUAUCUUAGUUAUCUUACUACUCCUAUCUUAGUUAUCUUAUCUUUCUACUCCUAUCUUAGUUAUCUUGCUACUCCUAUCUUAGUUAUCUUAUUACUUCUGUUAGUUAUCUUACUACUCCUAUCUUAGUUAUCUUACUACUCCUAUCUUAGUUAUCUUAUUGUUCCUAUCUUAGUUGUCUUACUACUCCUAUCUUAGUUAUCUUACUACUCCUAUCUUAGUCAUCUUAUCUUACUACUUCUAUCUUAGUUGUCUUACUACUCCUAUCUUAGUUAUAUUAUCUUUCUACUCCUAUCUUAGUUAUUUUACUACUCCUAUCUUAGUUAUCUUACUACUCCUAUCUUAGUUAUCGUAUCUUUCUACUCCUAUCUUAGUUAUCUUACUACUCCUAUCUUAGUUAUCUUACUACUCCUAUCUUAGUUAUCGUAUCUUUCUACUCCUAUCUUAGUUAUCUUAUUACUCCUAUCUUAGUUAUCGUACUACUCCUAUCUUAGUUAUCUUAUUACUCCUAUCUUAGUUAUCUUAUUACUUCUAUGUUAGUUAUCUUACUACUCCUAUCUUAGUUACCUUACUACUCCUAUCUUAGUUAUCUUACUACUUCUAUCUUAUUUACCUUACUACUCCUAUCUUAGUUAUCUUACUACUCCUAUCUUAGUUAUCUUGCUACUCCUAUCUUAGUUAUCUUGCUACUCCUAUCUUAGUUAUCUUAUCUUUCCACUCCUAUCUUAGUUAUCUUGCUACUCCUAUCUUAGUUAUCUUAUUACUUCUGUUAGUUAUCUUACUACUCCUAUCUUAGUUAUCUUGCUACUCCUAUCUUAGUUAUCUUGCUACUCCUAUCUUAGUUAUCUUAUCUUUCUACUCCUAUCUUAGUUAUCUUGCUACUCCUAUCUUAGUUAUCUUAUUACUUCUGUUAGUUAUCUUACUACUCCUAUCUUAGUUAUCUUACUACUCCUAUCUUAGUUAUCUUACUACUCCUAUCUUAGUCAUCUUAUCUUACUACUCCUAUCUUAGUUAUCGUACUACUCCUAUCUUAGUUAUCUUAUUACUCCUAUCUUAGUUAUCUUAUUACUUCUAUGUUAGUUAUCUUACUACUCCUAUCUUAGUCAUCUUAUCUUACUACUCCUAUCUUAGUUAUCGUACUACUCCUAUCUUAGUUAUCUUAUUACUCCUAUCUUAGUUAUCUUAUUACUUCUAUGUUAGUUAUCUUACUACUCCUAUCUUAGUUACCUUACUACUCCUAUCUUAGUUAUCUUACUACUUCUAUCUUAGUUACCUUAUUACUUCUAUGUUAGUUAUCUUACUACUCCUAUCUUAGUUAUCUUAUUACUCCUAUUUUAGUUGUCUUACUACUCCUAUCUUAGUUAUCUUACUACUCCUAUCUUAGUAAUUUUAUCUUACUACUCCUAUCUUAGUUAUCUUACUACUCCUAUCUUAGUUAUCUUAUCUUUCUACUCCUUACUACUCCUAUCUUAGUUAUCUUAUUGUUCGUAUCUUAGUUGUCUUACUACUCCUAUCUUAGUUAUCUUACUACUCCUAUCUUAGUCAUCUUAUCUUACUACUUCUAUCUUAGUUGUCUUACUACUCCUAUCUUAGUUAUCUUAUCUUUCUACUCCUAUCUUAGUUAUCUUAUUACUCCUAUCUUAGUUAUCGUACUACUCCUAUCUUAGUUAUCUUAUUACUCCUAUCUUAGUUAUCUUAUUACUUCUAUGUUAGUUAUCUUACUACUCCUAUCUUAGUUACCUUACUACUCCUAUCUUAGUUAUCUUACUACUUCUAUCUUAUUUACCUUACUACUCCUAUCUUAGUUAUCUUACUACUCCUAUCUUAGUUAUCUUGCUACUCCUAUCUUAGUUAUCUUGCUACUCCUAUCUUAGUUAUCCUCAUGGUCCGUGGUAAACAGGCUCUGAUCAUGUUUCCUCAUGGUCCGUGGUAAACAGUCUCUGAUCAUGUUUCCUCAUGGUCCGUGGUAAACAGUCUCUGAUCAUGUUUCCUCAUGGUCUGUGGUAAACAGUCUCUGAUCAUGUUUCCUCAUGGUCCGUGGUAAACAGGCUCUGAUCAUGUUUCCUCAUGGUCCGUGGUAAACAGUCUCUGAUCAUGUUUCCUCAUGGUCCGUGGUAAACAGGCUCUGAUCAUGUUUCCUCAUGGUCCGUGGUAAACAGUCUCUGAUCAUGUUUCCUCAUGGUCCGUGGUAAACAGGCUCUGAUCAUGUUUCCUCAUGGUCCGUGGUAAACAGUCUCUGAUCAUGUUUCCUCAUGGUCCGUGGUAAACAGGCUCUGAUCAUGUUUCCUCAUGGUCCGUGGUAAACAGGCUCUGAUCAUGCAGAGGAAUGGGAAGAUCUUCCUCCAAGACGUGGUAGAUGGGAGAGUAGUGUGCUGCUUCUCUCUCCUGGCCAGUCCCUGGGAUCCUGUGUUUCUACUGGACCCCAGGCAGCAGGCUCUGCUCAUACUAGGUACUGGAACGUCUUGCAAGACAAAACAGAUAAACAUUUCAUUUCAUACUCUGCUUAGAUUUAUAUGGCAUGGACAAAUUAUAUUAAACCGACAAAAUUGUGUUGCAUGGUUCUGAAGCCUCUGUUCAUAGGAGGUACUGGAACAAUGGACAAUACUGUAUCUUGAAAGACAUCUUUUAUAAAUAUUUUAUUCUAGAUUAUUUCUGGAUUUAGUUUUAUGCUAGGUUGAAGAUGACAAAGUUUAAGACAACGGGAUUCUAAUAACCCAGAACUGUUUGCAACAAUAGGACCAGCUAUGCUAGAUAGUAAUGGCUCUGGUAGAUAGUAAUGGCUCUGGUAGAUAGUAAUGGCUCUGGUAGAUAGUAAUGGCUCUGGUAUAUAGUAGUGGCUCUGGUAGAUAGUAAUGGCUCUGGUAGAUAGUAGUGGCUCUGGUAGAUAGUAAUGGCUCUGGUAGAUAGUAGUGGCUCUGGUAGAUAGUAAUGGCUCUGGUAGAUAGUAGUGGCUCUGGUAGAUAGUAGUGGCUCUGGUAGAUAGUAGUGGCUCUGGUAGAUAGUAAUGGCUCUGGUAGAUAGUAAUGGUGCUGGUCCUACAUUAGUGAUCAUGUUGUCUUAACCUGGAUAUUUUCCACCUAGGUUUUAUGGCAUCAACAGAUUGUAUUUGAUGGUUCUGAAGCCUGUCCUUUGAAAUACAGGUGACUGGUUUUCCUCUUUAUUCCAUGACUGUAGACCUUCCCACUUUAGUCUGUUCCAGGUUAUUGCGUCCAACUAACCUUCUAAUGACAUCUACUAGGAGUGCUCCAACUAACCUUGUAAUGACAUCUACUAGGAGUGCUCCAACUAACAUAAUGACAGCUACUAGGAGUGCUCCAACUAACCUUGUAAUGACAUCUACUAGGAGUGCUCCAACUAACCUUGUAAUGACAGCUACUAGGAGUGCUCCAACUAACCUUGUAAUGACAGCUACUAGGAGUGCUCCAACUAACCUUGUAAUGACAUCUACUAGGAGUGCUCCAACUAACCUUGUAAUGACAUCUACUAGGAGUGCUCCAACUAACCUUGUAAUGACAGCUACUAGGAGUGCUCCAACUAACCUUGUAAUGACAUCUACUAGGAGUGCUCCAACUAACCUUGUAAUGACAGCUACUAGGAGUGCUCCAACUAACCUUGUAAUGACAGCUACUAGGAGUGCUCCAACUAACCUUGUAAUGACAGCUACUAGGAGUGCUCCAACUAACCUUGUAAUGACAGCUACUAGGAGUGCUCCAACUAACCUUGUAAUGACAUCUACUAGGAGUGCUCCAACUAACCUUGUAAUGACAGCUACUAGGAGUGCUCCAACUAACAUAAUGACAGCUACUAGGAGUGCUCCAACUAACCUUGUAAUGACAUCUACUAGGAGUGCUCCAACUAACAUAAUGACAGCUACUAGGAGUGCUCCAACUAACCUUGUAAUGACAUCUGCUAGGAGUGCUCCAACUAACCUUGUAAUGACAGCUACUAGGAGUGCUCCAACUAACCUUGUAAUGACAUCUACUAGGAGUGCUCCAACUAACCUUGUAAUGACAGCUACUAGGAGUGCUCCAACUAACCUUGUAAUGACAUCUACUAGGAGUGCUCCAACUAACCUUGUAAUGACAGCUACUAGGAGUGCUCCAACUAACAUAAUGACAGCUACUAGGAGUGCUCCAACUAACCUUGUAAUGACAUCUACUAGGAGUGCUCCAACUAACCUUGUAAUGACAUCUACUAGGAGUGCUCCAACUAACCUUGUAAUGACAGCUACUAGGAGUGCUCCAACUAACCUUGUAAUGACAUCUACUAGGAGUGCUCCAACUAACCUUGUAAUGACAGCUACUAGGAGUGCUCCAACUAACCUUGUAAUGACAGCUACUAGGAGUGCUCCAACUAACCUUGUAAUGACAGCUACUAGGAGUGCUCCAACUAACCUUGUAAUGACAGCUACUAGGAGUGCUCCAACUAACCUUGUAAUGACAUCUACUAGGAGUGCUCCAACUAACCUUGUAAUGACAGCUACUAGGAGUGCUCCAACUAACAUAAUGACAGCUACUAGGAGUGCUCCAACUAACCUUGUAAUGACAUCUACUAGGAGUGCUCCAACUAACAUAAUGACAGCUACUAGGAGUGCUCCAACUAACCUUGUAAUGACAUCUGCUAGGAGUGCUCCAACUAACCUUGUAAUGACAGCUACUAGGAGUGCUCCAACUAACCUUGUAAUGACAUCUACUAGGAGUGCUCCAACUAACCUUGUAAUGACAGCUACUAGGAGUGCUCCAACUAACAUAAUGACAGCUACUAGGAGUGCUCCAACUAACCUUGUAAUGACAGCUACUAGGAGUGCUCCAACUAACCUUGUAAUGACAGCUACUAGGAGUGCUCCAACUAACCUUGUAAUGACAUCUACUAGGAGUGCUCCAACUAACCUUGUAAUGACAUCUACUAGGAGUGCUCCAACUAACCUUGUAAUGACAGCUACUAGGAGUGCUCCAACUAACCUUGUAAUGACAGCUACUAGGAGUGCUCCAACUAACCUUCUAAUGACAUCUACUAGGAGUGCUCCAACUAACCUUGUAAUGACAGCUACUAGGAGUGCUCCAACUAACAUAAUGACAGCUACUAGGAGUGCUCCAACUAACCUUGUAAUGACAUCUACUAGGAGUGCUCCAACUAACCUUCUAAUGACAUCUACUAGGAGUGCUCCAACUAACCUUGUAAUGACAGCUACUAGGAGUGCUCCAACUAACCUUGUAAUGACAUCUACUAGGAGUGCUCCAACUAACCUUGUAAUGACAUCUACUAGGAGUGCUCCAACUAACCUUGUAAUGACAGCUACUAGGAGUGCUCCAACUAACCUUGUAAUGACAUCUACUAGGAGUGCUCCAACUAACAUAAUGACAGCUACUAGGAGUGCUCCAACUAACAUAAUGACAGCUACUAGGAGUGCUCCAACUAACAUAAUGACAGCUACUAGGAGUGCUCCAACUAACAUAAUGACAGCUACUAGGAGUGCUCCAACUAACCCUGUAAUGACAGCUACUAGGAGUGCUCCAACUAACCUUGUAAUGACAUCUACUAGGAGUGCUCCAACUAACCUUGUAAUGACAGCUACUAGGAGUGCUCCAACUAACCUUGUAAUGACAUCUACUAGGAGUGCUCCAACUAACCUUGUAAUGACAGCUACUAGGAGUGCUCCAACUAACAUAAUGACAGCUACUAGGAGUGCUCCAACUAACCUUGUAAUGACAUCUACUAGGAGUGCUCCAACUAACCUUCUAAUGACAUCUACUAGGAGUGCUCCAACUAACCUUGUAAUGACAGCUACUAGGAGUGCUCCAACUAACCUUGUAAUGACAUCUACUAGGAGUGCUCCAACUAACAUAAUGACAGCUACUAGGAGUGCUCCAACUAACCUUGUAAUGACAUCUACUAGGAGUGCUCCAACUAACCUUGUAAUGACAGCUACUAGGAGUGCUCCAACUAACCUUGUAAUGACAUCUACUAGGAGUGCUCCAACUAACCUUGUAAUGACAGCUACUAGGAGUGCUCCAACUAACCUUGUAAUGACAGCUACUAGGAGUGCUCCAACUAACAUAAUGACAGCUACUAGGAGUGCUCCAACUAACCUUGUAAUGACAGCUACUAGGAGUGCUCCAACUAUCCUUGUAAUGACAGCUACUAGGAGUGCUCCAACUAACCUUGUAAUGACAUCUACUAGGAGUGCUCCAACUAACAUAAUGACAGCUACUAGGAGUGCUCCAACUAACAUAAUGACAGCUACUAGGAGUGCUCCAACUAACCUUGUAAUGACAUCUACUAGGAGUGCUCCAACUAACCUUGUAAUGACAUCUACUAGGAGUGCUCCAACUAACCUUCUAAUGACAUCUACUAGGAGUGCUCCAACUAACCUUGUAAUGACAGCUACUAGGAGUGCUCCAACUAACCUUCUAAUGACAUCUACUAGGAGUGCUCCAACUAACAUAAUGACAGCUACUAGGAGUGCUCCAACUAACAUAAUGACAGCUACUAGGAGUGCUCCAACUAACCUUGUAAUGACAUCUACUAGGAGUGCUCCAACUAUCCUUGUAAUGACAGCUACUAGGAGUGCUCCAACUAACCUUGUAAUGACAGCUACUAGGAGUGCUCCAACUAACCUUGUAAUGACAGCUACUAGGAGUGCUCCAACUAACCUUGUAAUGACAGCUACUAGGAGUGCUCCAACUAACAUAAUGACAGCUACUAGGAGUGCUCCAACUAACCUUGUAAUGACAGCUACUAGGAGUGCUCCAACUAACCCUGUAAUGACAGCUACUAGGAGUGCUCCAACUAACAUAAUGACAGCUACUAGGAGUGCUCCAACUAACAUAAUGACAGCUACUAGGAGUGCUCCAACUAACCUUGUAAUGACAUCUGCUAGGAGUGCUCCAACUAACCUUCUAAUGACAUCUACUAGGAGUGCUCCAACUAACCUUCUAAUGACAUCUAAUGGCUCCAACUGUUUAACUGAUGUGAUAUUAAGCUGUUCCUUUUCAGGCUCCAACUGUUUAACUGAUGUGAUAUUAAGCUGUUCCUUUUCAGGCUCCAACUGUUUAACUGAUGUGAUAUUAAGCUGUUCCUUUUCAGGCUCCAACUGUUUAACUGAUGUGAUAUUAAGCUGUUCCUUUUCAGGCUCCAACUGUUUAACUGAUGUGAUAUUAAGCUGUUCCUUUUCAGGCUCCAACUGUUUAACUGAUGUGAUAUUAAGCUGUUCCUUUUCAGGCUCCAACUGUUUAACUGAUGUGAUAUUAAGCUGUUCCUUUUCAGGCUCCAACUGUUUAACUGAUGUGAUAUUAAGCUGUUCCUUUUCAGGCUCCAACUGUUUAACUGAUGUGAUAUUAAGCUGUUCCUUUUCAGGCUCCAACUGUUUAACUGAUGUGAUAUUAAGCUGUUCCUUUUCAGGCUCCAGCUGUUUAACUGAUGUGAUAUUAAGCUGUUCCUUUUCAGGCUCCAGCUGUUUAACUGAUGUGAUAUUAAGAUGUUCCUUUUCAGGCUCCAACUGUUUAACUGAUGUGAUAUUAAGCUGUUCCUUUUCAGGCUCCAACUGUUUAACUGAUGUGAUAUUAAGCUGUUCCUUUUCAGGCUCCAACUGUUUAACUGAUGUGAUAUUAAGCUGUUCCUUUUCAGGCUCCAGCUGUUUAACUGAUGUGAUAUUAAGCUGUUCCUUUUCAGGCUCCAACUGUUUAACUGAUGUGAUAUUAAGCUGUUCCUUUUCAGGCUCCAACUGUUUAACUGAUGUGAUAUUAAGCUGUUCCUUUUCAGGCUCCAACUGUUUAACUGAUGUGAUAUUAAGCUGUUCCUUUUCAGGCUCCAACUGUUUAACUGAUGUGAUAUUAAGCUGUUCCUUUUCAGGCUCCAACUGUUUAACUGAUGUGAUAUUAAGCUGUUCCUUUUCAGGCUCCAACUGUUUAACUGAUGUGAUAUUAAGCUGUUCCUUUUCAGGCUCCAACUGUUUAACUGAUGUGAUAUUAAGCUGUUCCUUUUCAGGCUCCAACUGUUUAACUGAUGUGAUAUUAAGCUGUUCCUUUUCAGGCUCCAACUGUUUAACUGAUGUGAUAUUAAGCUGUUCCUUUUCAGGCUCCAACUGUUUAACUGAUGUGAUAUUAAGCUGUUCCUUUUCAGGCUCCAACUGUUUAACUGAUGUGAUAUUAAGCUGUUCCUUUUCAGGCUCCAACUGUUUAACUGAUGUGAUAUUAAGCUGUUCCUUUUCAGGCUCCAACUGUUUAACUGAUUUGAUAUUAAGCUGUUCCUUUUCUGGCUCCAACUGUUUAACUGAUGUGAUAUUAAGCUGUUCCUUUUCAGGCUCCAACUGUUUAACUGAUGUGAUAUUAAGCUGUUCCUUUUCAGGCUCCAACUGUUUAACUGAUGUGAUAUUAAGCUGUUCCUUUUCAGGCUCCAACUGUUUAACUGAUGUGAUAUUAAGCUGUUCCUUUUCAGGCUCCAACUGUUUAACUGAUGUGAUAUUAAGCUGUUCCUUUUCAGGCUCCAACUGUUUAACUGAUGUGAUAUUAAGCCGUUCCUUUUCAGGCUCCAACUGUUUAACUGAUGUGAUAUUAAGCCGUUCCUUUUCAGGCUCCAACUGUUUAACUGAUGUGAUAUUAAGCUGUUCCUUUUCAGGCUCCAACUGUUUAACUGAUGUGAUAUUAAGCUGUUCCUUUUCAGGCUCCAACUGUUUAACUGAUGUGAUAUUAAGCCGUUCCUUUUCAGGCUCCAACUGUUUAACUGAUGUGAUAUUAAGCCGUUCCUUUUCAGGCUCCAACUGUUUAACUGAUGUGAUAUUAAGCUGUUCCUUUUCAGGCUCCAACUGUUUAACUGAUGUGAUAUUAAGCCGUUCCUUUUCAGGCUCCAACUGUUUAACUGAUGUGAUAUUAAGCUGUUCCUUUUCAGGCUCCAACUGUUUAACUGAUGUGAUAUUAAGCUGUUCCUUUUCAGGCUCCAACUGUUUAACUGAUGUGAUAUUAAGCUGUUCCUUUUCAGGCUCCAACUGUUUAACUGAUGUGAUAUUAAGCCGUUCCUUUUCAGGCUCCAACUGUUUAACUGAUGUGAUAUUAAGCUGUUCCUUUUCAGGCUCCAACUGUUUAACUGAUGUGAUAUUAAGCCGUUCCUUUUCAGGCUCCAACUGUUUAACUGAUGUGAUAUUAAGCUGUUCCUUUUCAGGCUCCAACUGUUUAACUGAUGUGAUAUUAAGCUGUUCCUUUUCAGGCUCCAACUGUUUAACUGAUGUGAUAUUAAGCUGUUCCUUUUCAGGCUCCAACUGUUUAACUGAUGUGAUAUUAAGCUGUUCCUUUUCAGGCUCCAACUGUUUAACUGAUGUGAUAUUAAGCUGUUCCUUUUCAGGCUCCAACUGUUUAACUGAUGUGAUAUUAAGCUGUUCCUUUUCAGGCUCCAACUGUUUAACUGAUGUGAUAUUAAGCUGUUCCUUUUCAGGCUCCAACUGUUUAACUGAUGUGAUAUUAAGCCGUUCCUUUUCAGGCUCCAACUGUUUAACUGAUGUGAUAUUAAGCUGUUCCUUUUCAGGCUCCAACUGUUUAACUGAUGUGAUAUUAAGCUGUUCCUUUUCAGGCUCCAACUGUUUAACUGAUGUGAUAUUAAGCCGUUCCUUCUCCCCCAGGUGAUCAGUGUCCCGGUCCUGACGGUGGGGAGGAGCGGGAGGACGGAGGGAAUCGACUCUUUGUGUUCCGUUUCCAAGACGCUGCUGUCGUCGAGCCGUACAGACCCGGAGAUGUCGUCAGAGCAUCAUCACACCAGGGCCAAUCAGGGACAGGCGCCUCUAACUUGGAGGAAACAUGCAACCUCUAUUUCCAACAAAGGUUUGUUUACAGGCUUUACUCAGCUCAGUCCAAGAACAGAUUUAUUUAGCCUUUCUAGAUGCAGGAAGAACUGUCAGUCUGACUGCUAUUACUGUACCUACAGCUAAACGCCAUUAUCACAAUACUCUGUUGGCUUUCCAGAUCAGCCAUUAUCACAAUACUCUGUUGGCUUUCCAGAUCAGCCAUUAUCACAAUACUCUGUUGGCUUUCCAGAUCAGCCAUUAUCACAAUACUCUGUUGGCUUUCCAGAUCAGCCAUUAUCACAAUACUCUGUUGGCUUUCCAGAUCAGCCAUUAUCACAAUACUCUGUUGGCUUUCCAGAUCAGCCAUUAUCACAAUACUCUGUUGGCUUUCCAGAUCAGCCAUUAUCACAAUACUCUGUUGGCUUUCCAGAUCAGCCAUUAUCACAAUACUCUGUUGGCUUUCCAGAUCAGCCAUUAUCACAAUACUCUGUUGGCUUUCCAGAUCAGCCAUUAUCACAAUACUCUGUUGGCUUUCCAGAUCAGCCAUUAUCACAAUACUCUGUUGGCUUUCCAGAUCAGCCAUUAUCACAAUACUCUGUUGGCUUUCCAGAUCAGCCAUUAUCACAAUACUCUGUUGGCUUUCCAGAUCAGCCAUUAUCACAAUACUCUGUUGGCUUUCCAGAUCAGCCAUUAUCACAAUACUCUGUUGGCUUUCCAGAUCAGCCAUUAUCACAAUACUCUGUUGGCUUUCCAGAUCAGCCAUUAUCACAAUACUCUGUUGGCUUUCCAGAUCAGCCAUUAUCACAAUACUCUGUUGGCUUUCCAGAUCAGCCAUUAUCACAAUACUCUGUUGGCUUUCCAGAUCAGCCAUUAUCACAAUACUCUGUUGGCUUUCCAGAUCAGCCAUUAUCACAAUACUCUGUUGGCUUUCCAGAUCAGCCAUUAUCACAAUACUCUGUUGGCUUUCCAGAUCAGCCAUUAUCACAAUACUCUGUUGGCUUUCCAGAUCAGCCAUUAUCACAAUACUCUGUUGGCUUUCCAGAUCAGCCAUUAUCACAAUACUCUGUUGGCUUUCCAGAUCAGCCAUUAUCACAAUACUCUGUUGGCUUUCCAGAUCAGCCAUUAUCACAAUACUCUGUUGGCUUUCCAGAUCAGCCAUUAUCACAAUACUCUGUUGGCUUUCCAGAUCAGCCAUUAUCACAAUACUCUGUUGGCUUUCCAGAUCAGCCAUUAUCACAAUACUCUGUUGGCUUUCCAGAUCAGCCAUUAUCACAAUACUCUGUUGGCUUUCCAGAUCAGCCAUUAUCACAAUACUCUGUUGGCUUUCCAGAUCAGCCAUUAUCACAAUACUCUGUUGGCUUUCCAGAUCAGCCAUUAUCACAAUACUCUGUUGGCUUUCCAGAUCAGCCAUUAUCACAAUACUCUGUUGGCUUUCCAGAUCAGCCAUUAUCACAAUACUCUGUUGGCUUUCCAGAUCUGCCAUUAUCACAAUACUCUGUUGGCUUUCCAGAUCAGCCAUUAUCACAAUACUCUGUUGGCUUUCCAGAUCAGCCAUUAUCACAAUACUCUGUUGGCUUUCCAGAUCAGUUUGGACUCAUCCAGACACACGUCAAAAUGAAUCUCUGAUUGUUUGUUCCUAAUAAACACUAGUUGCUGUAACAGAGUUGAUGACAUCAUCAGAGUGUGAAAUACAGUAUGUCAGUGGUCUAGUUAUGACAUCAUCAGAGUGUGAAACAACAGUAUGUCAGUGGUCUAGUUAUGACAUCAUCAGAGUGUGAAAUACAGUAUGUCAGUGGUCUAGUUAUGACAUCAUCAGAGUGUGAAAUACAGUAUGUCAGUGGUCUAGUUAUGACAUCAUCAGAGUGUGAAAUACAGUAUGUCAGUGGUCUAGUUAUGACAUCAUCAGAGUGUGAAAUACAGUAUGUCAGUGGUCUAGUUAUGACAUCAUCAGAGUGUGAAAUACAGUAUGUCAGUGGUCUAGUUAUGACAUCAUCAGAGUGUGAAAUACAGUAUGUCAGUGGUCUAGUUAUGACAUCAUCAGAGUGUGAAACACAGUAUGUCAGUGGUCUAGUUAUGACAUCAUCAGAGUGUGAAAUACAGUAUGUCAGUGGUCUAGUUAUGACAUCAUCAGAGUGUGAAAUACAGUAUGUCAGUGGUCUAGUUAUGACAUCAUCAGAGUGUGAAACACAGUAUGUCAGUGGUCUAGUUAUGACAUCAUCAGAGUGUGAAAUACAGUAUGUCAGUGGUCUAGUUAUGACAUCAUCAGAGUGUGAAAUACAGUAUGUCAGUGGUCUAGUUAUGACAUCAUCAGAGUGUGAAAUACAGUAUGUCAGUGGUCUAGUUAUGACAUCAUCAGAGUGUGAAAUACAGUAUGUCAGUGGUCUAGUUAUGACAUCAUCAGAGUGUGAAACACAGUAUGUCAGUGGUCUAGUUAUGACAUCAUCAGAGUGUGAAACAACAGUAUGUCAGUGGUCUAGUUAUGACAUCAUCAGAGUGUGAAACACAGUAUGUCAGUGGUCUAGUUAUGACAUCAUCAGAGUGUGAAAUACAGUAUGUCAGUGGUCUAGUUAUGACAUCAUCAGAGUGUGAAAUACAGUAUGUCAGUGGUCUAGUUAUGACAUCAUCAGAGUGUGAAACACAGUAUGUCAGUGGUCUAGUUAUGACAUCAUCAGAGUGUGAAACAACAGUAUGUCAGUGGUCUAGUUAUGACAUCAUCAGAGUGUGAAAUACAGUAUGUCAGUGGUCUAGUUAUGACAUCAUCAGAGUGUGAAACAACAGUAUGUCAGUGGUCUAGUUAUGACAUCAUCAGAGUGUGAAAUACAGUAUGUCAGUGGUCUAGUUAUGACAUCAUCAGAGUGUGAAAUACAGUAUGUCAGUGGUCUAGUUAUGACAUCAUCAGAGUGUGAAAUACAGUAUGUCAGUGGUCUAGUUAUGACAUCAUCAGAGUGUGAAAUACAGUAUGUCAGUGGUCUAGUUAUGACAUCAUCAGAGUGUGAAAUACAGUAUGUCAGUGGUCUAGUUAUGACAUCAUCAGAGUGUGAAAUACAGUAUGUCAGUGGUCUAGUUAUGACAUCAUCAGAGUGUGAAAUACAGUAUGUCAGUGGUCUAGUUAUGACAUCAUCAGAGUGUGAAAUACAGUAUGUCAGUGGUCUAGUUAUGACAUCAUCAGAGUGUGAAAUACAGUAUGUCAGUGGUCUAGUUAUGACAUCAUCAGAGUGUGAAAUACAGUAUGUCAGUGGUCUAGUUAUGACAUCAUCAGGUAGGGACGUCAUAUAGCAUGGAAUUGGUCUGCUAUAACAUGAAAAUAGGAAAAGCAGUGGCACAUCUCAACAGGCUUGUUGCAGGUGCCUGGGGGAAUAAUCAGAAACUCAGUAUGACUUGGGUCAGUGUUUUUCAAGCCUCUCCUCAGGGACCCCCAGACAUUUCACAAUGUUGUUGUAGCCCUGAACUAGCUCAGUGAUUCAUUCACCUAGUCAAGGGCUUGAUGAUUAGUUGACAAGUUAAAUCAGGUGUAUUAGCUCUGGAAUAGUUCAAAUACGUGGAAUGGCUGGGGGUCCUGAAGAGAGGUUUGGAAACGUAUCGGCCGGUUGGCCUUAGCCUGUUGUAUUGUAUGUAAUAGUCCUGGGGGUUUUCUACAGUAGUCUGUUGUAUGUAAUAGUCCUGGGGGUUUUCUACAGUAGUCUGUUGUAUUGUAUGUAAUAGUCCUGGGGGUUUUCUAUAGUAGCCUGUUGUAUGUAAUAGUCCUGGGGGUUUUCUACAGUAGUCUGUUGUAUUGUAUGUAAUAGUCCUGGGGGUUUUCUACAGUAGUCUAUUGUAUUGUAUGUAAUAGUCCUGGGGGUUUUCUACAGUAGCCUAUUGUAUUGUAUGUAAUAGUCCUGGGGGUUUUCUACAGUAGUCUGUUGUAUUGUAUGUAAUAGUCCUGGGGCUUUUCUACAGUAGCCUGUUGUAUUGUAUGUAAUAGUCCUGGGGGUUUUCUACAGUAACCUGUUGUAUUGUAUGUAAUAGUCCUGGGGGUUUUCUACAGUAACCUGUUGUAUGUAAUAGUCCUGGGGGUUUUCUACAGUAACCUGUUGUAUUGUAUGUAAUAGUCCUGGGGGUUUUCUACAGUAGUCUGUUGUAUUGUAUGUAAUAGUCCUGGGGGGUUUCUACAGUAGUCUGUUGUGUUGUAUGUAAUAGUCCUGGGGGUUUUCUACAGUAGUCUAUUGUAUUGUAUGUAAUAGUCCUGGGGCUUUUCUACAGUAGUCUAUUGUAUUGUAUGUAAUAGUCCUGGGGCUUUUCUACAGUAGCCUGUUGUAUUCUAUGUAAUAGUCCUGGGGCUUUUCUACAGUAGUCUAUUGUAUUGUUAUGUAAUAGUCCUGGGGGUUUUCUACAGUAGCCUGUUGUAUGUAAUAGUCCUGGGGGUUUUCUACAGUAGUCUAUUGUAUUGUAUGUAAUAGUCCUGGGGGGUUUCUACAGUAGUCUGUUGUAUUGUAUGUAAUAGUCCUGGGGGUUUUCUACAGUAGUCUGUUGUGUUGUAUGUAAUAGUCCUGGGGGUUUUCUACAGUAACCUGUUGUAUUGUAUGUAAUAGUCCUGGGGGUUUUCUACAGUAACCUGUUGUAUGUAAUAGUCCUGGGGGUUUUCUACAGUAACCUGUUGUAUUCUUAUGUAAUAGUCCUGUGGCUUUUCUACAGUAUUCUAUUGUAUAUAUUUGUCCUGGGGGGUGUCAAUGUAAAUAGUCCAGGUGGCCAUUUUAUUAAUUGUUCAGCAGUCUUAUGGCUUGGGGCUAGAAGCUGUUAAGGAGACUUUUGGACCUAGACUUGGCGCUCCGGUACCACUUGCCGUGCUGUAGCAGAGAGAACAGUCUAUGACUUAUGUGACUAGAGACUUUGACAAUUUUCUGGGCCUUCCUCUGACACCGCCUAGUAUAUACAGUUGGUCGGAGGUUUACAUACACCUUAGCCAAAUACAUUUAAACUCUGUUUUUCACAAUUCCUGACAUUUAAUCCUAGUAAAAAUGCCCUGUCUUAUGUCAGUUAGGAUCACUCCAAUUGGCCAUUCCAAUACCUUGACUUUGUUGUCCUUAAGCCAUUUUGCCAAUACUUUGGAAGUAUGCUUGGGGUCAUUGUCCAUUUGGAAGACCCAUUUGCGACUAAGCUUUAACUUCCUGACUGAUGUCUUGAGAUGUUGCUUCAAUAUAUCCACAUAAUUUUCCUUCCUCAUGAUGCCAUCUAUUUUGUAAAGUGCACCAGUCCCUCCUGCAGCAAAGCACCCCCACAGCAUGAUGCUGCCACCCCCGUGCUUCACGGUUGGGAUGGUGUUCUUCGGCUUGCAAGCGUCCCCCUUUUUCCUCCAAACAUAACGAUGGUCAUUAUGGCCAAACAGUUCUAUUUUUGUUUCAUCAGACCAGAGGACAUUUCUCCAAAAAGUACGAUCUUUGUCCCCAUGUGCAGUUGCAAACCGUAGUCUGUCUUUUUUAUGGCGGUUUUGGAGGAGUGGCUUCUUCCUUGCUGUGCAGCCUUUCAGGUGAUGUCGAUAUAGGACUUGUUUCACUGUGGAUAUAGAUACUUUUGUACCUGUUUCCUCCAGCAUCUUCACAAUGUCCUUUGCUGUUGUUCUGAGAUUGAUUUGCACUUUUCGCACCAAAGUACAUUCAUCUCUAGGAGACAGAACACGUCUCCUUCCUGAGUGGUAUGACGGCUGCGUGGUCCCAUGGUGUUUAUACUUAAGUACUAUUGUUUGUACAGAUGAACUUGGUACCUUCAGGCGUUUGGAAAUUGUUCCCAAGGAUGAUCCAGACUUGUGGAGGUCUACACAUUUUUUUCUGAGGUCUUGGCUGAUUUCUUUUGAUUUUCCCAUGAUGUCAAGCAAAGAGGCACUGAGUUUGAAGGUAGGCCUUGAAAUACAUCCACAGGUACACCUCCAAUUGACUCAAAUGAUGUCAAUUAGCCUACCAGAAGCUUCUAAAGCCAUGACAUAAUUUUCUGGAAUUUUCCAAGCUGUUUAAAGGCACAGUCAAUUUAGUGUAUGUAAACUUCUGACCCACUGGAAUUGUGAUGCAGUGAAUUAUAAGUGAAAUAAUCUGUCUGUAAACAAUUGUUGUAAAAAUUACUUGUCAGGUCUCUGACCUCCUCCCUGUAGGCUGUCUCAUCGUUGUCGUGAUCAGGCCUACCACUGUUGAACUUCAGCAAACUUAAUGAUGGUGAUGGAGUCGUGCUUGGCCACACAGUCAUGGGUGAACAGGGAGUACAGGAGGGGCUGAGCACGCACCCCUGAGGGGCCCCCGUGUUGAGGAUCAGCGUGGCAGAUGUGUUGUUACCUAUCCUUACCACCUGGGGGCGGCCCGUCAGGAAGUCCAGGAUCCAGUUGCAGAGGGAGGUGUUUAGUCCCAGGGUCCUUAGAUUAGUGAUGAGCUUGGAGGGCACUAUGGUGUUGAACGCUAACCUGUAGUCAAUGAACAGCAUUCUCACAUAGAUGUUCCUUUUGUCCAGGUGGGAAAGGGCAGUGUGGAGUGCGAUUGAGAUUGCAUCAUCUGUGGAUCUGUUGGGGCGGUAUGCGAAUUGGAGUGGGUCUAGGGUUUCCGGGAUGAUGGUGUUGAUGUGAGCCAUGACCAGCCUUUCAAAGCACUUCAUGGCUACCGACGUGAGUGCUACGGGUCGGUAGUCAUUUAGGCAGGUUACCUUCGCUUUCUUGGGCACAGGGACUAUGGUGGUCUGCUUGAAACAUGUAGGUAUUACAGACUCGGUCAGGGAGAGGUUGAAAAUGUCAGUGAAGACACUUGCCAGUUGGUCCGUGCAUGCUCUGAGUACACGUCCUGGUAAUCCGUCUGGCCCCGCGGCCUUGUGAAUGUUGACCUGUUUAAACAUCUUGCUCACAUCGGCUACGGAGAGCGUGAUCACACAGUCGUCCGGAACAGCUGGUGCUCCCAUGCAUGCUUCAGUGUUGCUUGCCUCGAAGCGAGCAUAGAAGGCAUUUAGCCCGUCUGGUAGGCUCGUGUCACUGGGCAGCUCGCGGCAGGGUUUCCCUUUGUAGUCUGUAAUAGUUUGCAAGCCCUGCCACAUCCGACGAGCGUCAGAGCCGGUGUAGUAGGAUUCAAUCUUAGUCCUUUAUUGACGCUUUGCCUGUUUGAUGGUUCGUCUGAGGGCAUUGCGGGAUUUCUUAUAACCGUCCAGAUUAGUGUCCCGCUCCUUGAACGCGGCAGCUCUACCCUUUAGCUCAGUGCGGAUGUUGCCUGUAAUCCAUGGCUUCUGGUUAGGAUAUGUACGUACGGUCACUGUGGGGACUACGCCGUUGAUGCACUUAUUAAUGAAGCCAGUGACUGAUUUGGUAAACUCCUCAAUGCCAUCGAAUGAAUCCCGGAACAUAUUCCAGUCUGUGCUAGCAAAACAGUCCUGUAGCGUAGCAUCCGCGUCAUCUGACCACUUCCUUAUUGACCGAGUCACUGGUACUUCCUGCUUUAGUUUUUGCUUGUUAGCAGGAAUCAGGAGGAUAGAAUUAUGGUCAGAUUUGCCAAAUGGAGGGCGAGGGAGAGCUUUGUAUGCGUCUCUGUGUGUGGAGUAAAGGUGGUCUAGAGUUUUAUUUCCCUCUGGUUGCACAUGUGACAUGCUGGUAGAAAUGAGGUAAAACAGAUUUAAAUGUGCCUGCAUUAUAGUCCCCGGCCACUAGGAGCGCCGCUUCUGGAUGAGCAUUUUCUUGUUUGCUUAUGGCCUUAUACAGCUCGUUGAGUGCGGUCUUAGUGCCAGCAUCGGUUUGUGGUGGUAAAUAGACGGAUACGAAUAAUAUAGAUGAAACUCUCUUGGUAGAUAGUGGGUCUACAGCUUAUCAUGAGGUACUCUACCUCAGGCGAGCAAUACCUUGAGACUUCCUUAAUAUUAGACUGUUUGUCUGUAUUGUGUAAUUGGGUGUUUUGUACAGUAGUCUAUUGUAUAUAAUUGUGCUGUGUGUGUUUGUCUGGAUUGUGUUUCAGGGUUGAAUCUGUGGAGGAGAGAAACAAAGUCAUGACUGAGACAUGGAACCAUCUCCAAGAGCAUGCUGCCAUGGUGCUCUUACAGAACCAACAACAGCCUGUUACCAUCUAA